UUCUGAGCUGUUGGAGCAUUCCCAGCCUUGCCUCGGGUGUAGGGAUUGCAAGGGAAAAGCAAAACUACACGGUCUAAACCCUGUGUAGUUUUGUUUUUUGGGUUAUAACGGGGCCCUACCGUUCUCACCUUGGAUUUUUUGGAAACAUUUUGGAUAAGAGGAUUGUUGCUGAGGCACUAGCCACCUGGGCACAGUCCCAUCAAGUGUAGGCAACCUUGUGAUACAAGGUGCCUUCUACCAUGUCAACACAAGCUCCAACAUUUACACAGCCGCUUCAGAGCGUUGUGGCACUUGAGGGUAGUGCUGCAACGUUCGAGGCUCAAGUUAGUGGUAAUCCAGUUCCAGAGGUGAGCUGGUUUCGUGAUGGCCAGGUUCUUACUGCUGCCGCUCUGCCCGGCGCUCAGAUCUCGUUCAGCGAUGGCCGCGCUGUUCUGAUGAUCCCCGCUGUGACAGCCGCACACAGUGGAAGAUUUUCUGUGAGAGCCACCAAUGGCGCUGGACAAGCCACUAGCACUGCUGAACUGCUGGUAACAGUGGAAACUGCGCCACCAAACUUCAUUCAGAGACUACAGAGUGUGACCGUUACACAAGGAAGCCAAGUGAGACUGGAUGUUCGAGUUGCAGGAAUCCCUACACCUGUGGUGAAGUUCUACAGAGAGGGAGCUGAGAUUCAGAGCUCUGCUGACUUUCAGAUUGUUCAAGAUGGAGAUCUUUACAGUUUGUUGAUUGCUGAGGCCUUCCCAGAAGAUUCUGGAACUUAUUCUGUCAGUGCUUCUAACAGCAGUGGACGUACUACCUCUACAGCUGAACUUCUGGUUCAAGGUGAGGAGGUUGCAGUGCCUGCAAAGAAGACCAAGACUUUUGUUUCAACUUCUCAGAUUUCACAGACUCACCAAGCUAGAGUUGAAAAGAGAAUGGAUGCCUCCUUUGAGUCCGCAGGCAUGAUGGAAAUGCAAAUAGAGGAUGGUGAUUUGGCUCACAAGGCACGCCCCCGUGUGCCUCCUAAACCGACCUCCAAGUCCCCAACCCCACCGACUGGAGUGUCAAAGAUCACACGCCAUCAGUCACCUUCCCCUGUGAGGCCUGUUAAGGCCCCCAGUCACACACCUCACAGGCCUACUUCCCCUUCAAGACUGUCCGUGUCCCCUAUCAGACCAGUCAAGUCCCCAAUGACUACACUCAAACAAGUCGCACAGGCUCAAGAUGUACUCCCUCCAUGGAAGCAGGAGGGUUACAUAGGAGAAUCCAGUUAUACCAGCAUGACUACUGGGACCUCGUAUGUCCAGACCUCCUCCACAUUUGUCCACAAGGAGCAGCAUUGGGAAGGGUCUUUUGCAAUGCAACAGCAAGCUGGUGGAGUUGCUGUCAAAGAAAUUGUUGAGACUGCAGCAAUCCCAUCCUUCACAAAAGAGCAAGUGAUGCCUCCAACUAUUGUGGCUGGUUUGAAGAACGUGACUGUCACCGAGGGAGAGUCGGUCACUCUGGAGUGCCAGAUUUCAGGCUACCCUACCCCAGCCAUUAUGUGGUUCAGAGAGGAUUACAGAAUUGAGAACUCAAUUGACUUCCAGAUCACUUAUGAAAACAGCUAUGCCUGCUUAGUGAUCCGUGAGGCCUUUGCUGAAGAUAGUGGCCGCUUCACUUGCACUGCUACCAGUGAGGCUGGAACUAUCAGCACCUCUUGCUACCUGCUUGUUAAAGUGUCAGAAGACAUUGAAAGUCGGGAAGAUUUUUCUUCUGUCUCUGAACACAUCGAAAUGUCUGCUCAGGAAAGACAGGUUAGAGCCAGAGAGGAGACCAUGUCUGAAAUAAGUGCUGUCUCUGAGUCUGUGGAGGCUGGAGCAGGUGUUGCCCCAUUCUUUGUGAAGAAACCCACAGUACAAAAGCUUGUGGAGGGAGACAGCGUAGUCUUUGAGUGCCAAGUCGGAGGAAGCCCCAAGCCUCAUAUUUACUGGAAGAAGAGUGGAAUUCCACUUACUACUGGAUACAGGUACAGAGUUGCCUACAAUAAGGACACAGGAGCAUGUAAGCUUGAGAUCUCCAUGACAUUUGCUGAUGAUGCAGGAGAAUACACCAUCUUUGCUAGAAACCCACUUGGAGAGAUUUCUGCUUCAGCCAUUCUGCUUGAUGAAGAGGCAUAUGAGCUGUAUAUGAAGAAACAGGAAGAGACGUUCAAGACUGAAGUAACUACUAUAAUAGAGGAGCCAAAAGAAGCUGACAUACCUGCUGUUGUUGAGACUGUAACUGAGAAAGAGCAGAUGCUCAUGCAGAGAAGGAUGGCUCAACAAACCCAGAUGAUGCAGUCCUUCAUUUCAGAGCAGGAGUUACAGAUAUCUAACUUGGAGCAGAGAUUCAUCCAAGAAAUUGAGUUCCGCUUGCUGAAGAUUACUUACCAGGAGCUGGUGACUGAGGAUGGGGAACAGUUGGAUAUGAGUGUUUCUGAACAUGAUGCUAUUUAUCCAGUCUUUAAUACUCCAGUUAAAAGCUACAGACUCAGGGAGGGAAUGAGUGCAACUUUUCAUUGCAGGAUGACAGGAACUCCUCUCCCUAAGAUUGUCUGGUACAAAGAUGGCAAGCGUAUCACACAUGGAGGCCGUUAUCAAAUGGAGGUUCUUCAGGAUGGUAGAGCCAGUCUGCGCCUUCCUACAGUGCUGUCAGAAGAUGAGGGCAUCUAUACUGCUUUGGUCAGUAACAUAAAGGGUAAUGCAGUCAGCUCUGGAAAGCUGUAUGUGGAGCCAACUGGUAUAGCACAAGCACAGCUUUCUCAGCAAGAGGCAGUUCAAAGAAUCAGGUCCACAUCACCACGCUCCACAAGUCGUUCUCCUGGUCGAUCACCUGCUCGUAGACUUGAUGAGACAGACGAGGCCCAGCUAGAAAGACUCUACAAGCCUGUGUUUGUACAGAAGCCAACAUCCUUCAAGUGCUCUGAGGGACAGACUGCAAGAUUUGAUCUUAAAGUAGUUGGGAGACCCAUGCCUGAAACUUACUGGUUCCACAACGGACAACAAGUGGUCAAUGACUACACCCACAAGAUUGUGGUGAAGGAGGAUGGAACUCAGUCAAUGAUUGUGGUUCCUGCCAUGCCUCAGGACUCUGGAGAGUGGACAGUUGUUGCUCAGAACAGAGCUGGAAAGACAACCAUAUCUGUGACUCUCACUGUCGAAGCAAAGGAAAACUUGGUGAGACCACAAUUUGUGGAAAAGCUAAGAAACAUCAGUGUUAAAGAGGGUACUUUGGUUGAGCUAGCUGUUAAAGCUAUUGGCAACCCCCUUCCUGACAUUGUUUGGCUGAAGAACAGUGAUAUUAUCUCCCCACAUAAACACCCACAUAUUAGGAUUGAGGGUGGUAAAGGCGAAGCUCAUUUCAAGAUUCCAUCAAGUACAGGAUCUGAUAGCGCAUGGUACACUGCUACUGCUAUCAACAAAGCUGGCAGAGAUACCACACGCUGCAAAGUUAACAUUGAGGUGGAUGCAGUAAUGCCUCAGCCUGAGAAAAGGCUUGUCAUUCCCAAGGGAACUUACAAGGCCAAAGAAAUUGCUGCCCCAGAGUUAGAGCCACUGCAUCUUCGCUAUGGUCAGGAACAGUGGGAAGAUGGUGACCUCUAUGAUAAGGAGAAGCAACAGAAGCCCCACUUCAAAAAGAAGCUUACCUCAGUCAGGCUGAAGCGAUUUGGACCUGCACACUUUGAAUGCAGACUGACCCCUAUUGGUGACCCGACCAUGAUUGUUGAGUGGCUGCAUGAUGGCAAGCCAUUAGCAGCUGCUAACAGACUACGCAUGGUCAAUGAGUUUGGCUAUUGCAGUCUUGAUUACGAAGCUGCUUAUUCCAGAGAUAGCGGUGUCAUUACUUGCAGAGCCACCAACAAGUUUGGAGUUGACCAGACCUCUUCUACACUAAUUGUUAAAGAUGAGAAGAGCCUUGUUGAAGAAACUCAGUUGCCAGAGGGAAGGCGAGGACAAAGAAUAGAUGAAAUAGAGCGUAUUGCACAUGAGGGUGGCCCUUCUGGAGUUACUGGAGAUGAUAAUCUUGAAAAGACUAAACCCGAGAUUGUGUUACUUCCAGAGCCAGUCAGAGUUACGGAGGGAGAAACAGCUAAAUUCCGCUGUAGGGUUACCGGCUACCCAACCCCAAAGGUUAACUGGUACCUCAAUGGACUGCUCAUCCGCAAGAGUAAAAGAUUCAGACUUCACUUUGAUGGUAUUCACUACUUGGAAAUUGUAGAUGUCAAGCCCUAUGAUUCAGGGAAUGUCAAAGUUUUGGCUGAAAACCCUGAAGGUAUUACUGAGCAUCUUGUAAAUUUUGAGAUUCAGCAGAAGGAGGACUUCAGGUCAAUCUUGCGUCGUGCACCUGAGCUUAAGGCUCCUGCUCCUGCACCAACACAAGAGCAUGGCAGAGUCUCGUUUGAGGUUGUCAAAGCUGAAAAAACAUCUGAGACCUCUAAAGAACCCAAGGAGGUGGUUAAGCUAAGGAAAGCUGAGAGAGUAAUCCAUGAGAAAUUAACAGAAGAAACAGAGGAGCUUAGAAGCAAAUUUAAGCGUAGGACACAGGAGGGCUACUAUGAAGCAAUUACUGCCGUAGAACUGAAGUCCCGCAAGAAGAAUGAGUCCUAUGAAGAUAUGCUGAAGAAGAGGAAAGAAGAACUUCUUCAUCACGCAAAAGAACUAGGGCCUGAUGCUGAGAAGAAGAAGGAAGAGGAGGGUAAACUCACCAUUCCCAAAGUCAGACCAGAUAAAAUUGUGCUCUCUCCAAGUAUGGAGGCUCCUAAGAUCAUAGAACGGAUCCAGAGCCAGACAGUUAGCCUGGGAGAUGAAGUACACUUCCGCUGUAGAGUCACUGGUAAACCAGAUCCAGAAUGUCAGUGGUUCAAGAAUGGUGUCUUAUUGGAGAAGUCAGACCGGGUUUACUGGUAUUGGCCAGAGGACCAUGUCUGUGAAUUAGUAAUCGUAAAUGUCUUAGCUGAGGACUCAGCUAGUAUAAUGAUCAAAGCCAUGAACAUUGCUGGAGAGACCUCAAGCCAUGCUUUCCUACUAGUACAAGGCAAACAAGUUGUUUCAUUUACACAACUUCUUGAAGAUCAGAAUGCUAAAGAGAAGGACACCAUGGUGACCUUUGAAUGUGAGACGAAUGAGCCAUUUGUGAAGGUCAAAUGGAUGAAGAACAAUGCAGAAAUUUUCUCAGGUGACAAAUACAGAAUGCACUCUGACAGAAAGGUGCACUUCUUGUCAGUGCUGAUCAUUUCUAUGAAUGACGAAGCAGAGUACAGUUGUGUGGUUAUUGACGAUGACCAGAUAAGAACCAGUGCCUCACUUUAUGUUGAAGGUGCACCACUUGAAAUUGUAAAGAAUCUUGAGAAUACAGAAGUACCUGAGACAUACUCUGGAGAGUUUGAGUGUGUUUUGUCCCGAGAGGAUGCUGAGGGCACCUGGUAUUUUGAGAACAAAGAAAUCACUCCUAGCCUCAAAUAUGUAGUGUCUGCACGUCGUGGUCGUCAUUGUCUUUCUGUGAAAGAUGUUAAGAAGGAGGACCAGGGAAAAUACACUUUCAAAGUGGGAGAUCUUAAGACAAGUGCCUCCCUUAAGAUGAAAUUGCGUCCUGUGACUCUGAUGCAAGGUCUUUCUGACCUGACAAUCUGUGAGGGUGAUAUUGCCCAACUUGAGGUGCGAUUCUCUCAGGAAAAUGUCGAGGGCUCAUGGAUGAAGAAUGGCCAAGCUAUUUCUGCUUCUGAUAAGAUUCACUUGGUCAUUGACAAAGUCACCCACAAGCUUCUCAUUGAGGACGCCAGUAAGGAUGAUGCAGGAAUGUACUCAUUUGUUGUUCCUGCUCAGGACAUUUCUACAAAUGGAAAGCUAACAGUUCAAACUAUUGGCUUCAUGACGCCUCUGAAGGAUGUUUCCACAGUGGAAGGCACUAAAGCUGUUCUUGAGGCUAAAAUCUCUGCUACUGAUAUAACUUCAGUGAAAUGGUUCCACAACAACAAGCUGUUGACAGCAAGUGAUAGAGUCCAGAUGGUUGUCAAAGGAUCUAAACAGAGACUGGCUAUUAACAGGACCUAUGCAUCAGAUGAAGGACAGUAUAAACUGAUUGCUGGCAAAGUAGACUCAACCUGUAAACUUUCUGUCCAGCCUGUAUCUAUUGUUAAGCACAUGGAAGACUGCGUUUGCACUGAGACCCAGAAUGUCACAUUUGAAGUGGAGGUAUCUCAUCCUGGCAUUGAUGCUCUCUGGACUUUCAAGGGUCAACCUUUAAAGGCAGGUCCAAAGUACAAGAUUGAGAGCAAAGGUACACACUAUAGCCUCACUGUUUUGAAUGCCAUGAAGGAUGAGGAAGGAGAGUACAUGUUUAUGGCUGGGGAGAAGGAAUCUAGAGCAAGACUUAUUGUAUCGGGUGGUGCUAUAAACAGGCCACUCCAUGAUGUGACUGUAGCAGAAUCCCAGACUGCUGAACUGGAGUGUGAAGUUGCUAAUCCUACUACAGAAGGCAAAUGGCUUAAAGAUGGUCACCCUAUUGACUUCAGCGAUAAUAUCGUGUGUGAAAAUAAUGGUGCUGUCAGACGGCUUAUCAUCGUCAUCACCAGGCCACAGGAUGUUGGAGAGUACACCUACCAGGUGGCAAACUCAAAGACAUCUGGCAACUUGAAGGUUGAAGCUGUUAAAAUCAGGAGGACAAUGAAGAACCAAACUGUUACUGAAACCCAUGAGGCAGUGUUCAGUAUUGAACUCACCCAUUUAGAUGUGAAAGGAUCCCAGUGGAUCAAGAAUGGGGUUGAGAUUCUUCCAAGUGAUAAAUUUGAGAUAAUUGUCGAAGGCAUGGUCCACACCCUGAAGAUCAAGAACUGUAACACCCAAGAUGAAUCAGUCUAUGGGUUCAAACUGGGAAAACUCUCUGCUAACGCCAGACUUAAUGUUGAAACUAUCAAAAUUGUGAAAAAACCAAAGGAUGUGACGUCACUGCUGGAUGCCACUGCUUCAUUUGAGCUGAGUUUGUCCCAUGAUGACAUUCCGGUUAAGUGGAUGUUCAAUAAUCAGGAGCUUGCACCAAGUUCAAAUAUUAAAAUACUGUCUGAGAGGAAAGCCCACAAACUUAUCAUUCAGAGUGUCGAAGGUCACAUGGCAGGUGAAUACAUUGCUGUGGUCGGGCAUCUGCAAUGCAGUGCACAUCUUCAAGUUGAAUAUUUGAGAGUCACCAAACCUUUGAAGAACAUUGAGGUCCCAGAAACCCAUGUGGCAACGUUUGAAUGUGAAGUUUCUCAUUUCAAUGUUCCAUCGAUCUGGCUGAAAAAUGGAGUAGAGAUUGAGAUGAGUGAGAAGUUUGGCAUUGUGGUGCAAGGCAAACUUCAUCAGCUGAAAGUCAUGAACGCCAGUCAGGAGGAUGCUUCAGAAUACACAUUUGUGUGUGGAAACGACAAAGUGUCUGGUAACCUGACUGUAAAACCAAUUCUCAUCACAUCCAUGCUUCAAGACCUCAAUGCUAAAGAAAAAGACACCGUCACAUUUGAGGUGACCGUCAACUUUGAAGGCAUCAGCUACAAAUGGCUGAAGAAUGGAGUAGAAAUCCGAUCCAGUGAUAGAUGCCAAACUCGCUGCAAACAGUUCAAUCACUCCCUCACUAUUCGAAACGUUCACUUUGGGGAUGGGGGAGACUACACGUUUUUGGCCGGAUCGGCUGAAACAUCUGCAAAACUCUUUGUUGAUGCUCGCGUGAUUGAAUUCACCAAGCACAUUAAAGACAUCAAGGUAACUGAGAAGAAGAAGGCUAUAUUUGAAUGUGAGCUCUCUGAACCCAACGUCCCUGUAAUGUGGAUGAAGGAUGGGCAGGAACUUGAGAUGUCUGAGAGAUUCAGAGCCACCACUGAGAAAUUCCUGCAGCGUUUGAUGAUCCAGACGGUGCGUAUGUCUGAUGCUGGAGAAUACUCUGUGGUUGCUGGUGCAAGCGUUUCCAAGGCAAACCUCAUAGUGGAGGGCAAGGAUGUCCGCAUCUCUGAGCCUGCUGAGAAGGACAUCACUGUGGUUGAGAAACAGAGGGCUACAUUUGAAUUUGAAGUGAAUGAGGAUGACAUUGAAGGCCGCUGGUUGAAAAAUGGUGUUGAAAUUCCAUCUUUUGAUGAGCGCUUCAGCUAUGUGACAGUUAGGAAGACACAUCGCUUGACAAUCACUGAAACUUACAGAAGUGAUGCUGGAGAGUACACUUUCAUUGCAGGAAAGAACAGGAGCACAGUCAAUCUGCAUGUCCAGAUCCCCGAGCCUCCUCAGAUCAUCAGGGACAUGGAGCCCUUGUCUGUCGAGGCUGGCAAACCUGCACGUUUCUCUGUGGAAGUGACAGGCAUUCCUCAGCCUCAGGUGUCCUGGUAUAAGAACUCUCAGGCCCUGUCUUCUGGGUUCAAGUGUAAGUUUCAGAGGGAGGGAAAUGAGCACAUAUUGUUGCUCAUUGAGGUCUUCCCAGAGGAUGCAGCUCAGUACAACUGUGAAGCUAAGAAUGACUUUGGAGUAGCCACAAGCUCUGCUUCACUUAAUGUGGAAGUUUCAGAAGUGGUUUCUCCAGACACGGUGGCUCCAGUGGCUCCACCAGAAAUUAUUACCUCAUUGCAAGAUACCUCUGCUGAAGAGGGAGAAUCAGCCAGAUUCCAGUGCCGUGUCUCUGGAGACGAUCUGAAGAUUUCCUGGUACUUCAGAGAUAAGGAAAUUGUGCAGUCUGACAACUUCAGAAUCUCUCAGUUUGAUGAUAGCUGCCAACUUGAGAUGUCCAGAGCAUUUCUUGCAGAUGCAGGAGAAUACAAAUGUGUUGCACGCAAUUCUGGAGGAAUGGUCUCUUGCUCUGCUGUUUUGAACGUCAAUGUGUCUAAAGUGGCUGAGGAGGCCAGUUAUGAGGAGGAAGCCAAAGUGCCUCCAGUUUUCAAGAAGAAGAUUUGUGACAUGCAGAGCAACAUUGGCAGCCCAGUGAAGUUUGAAUGUGAAAUUGACGAGACCCCCAAUGUGACCUUCAAUUGGUUCAAGUAUGGCUCAGAGAUUAAACAGAGUGACAAGUUCAGGAUCAUCAGCAGGCAAAGUACAUCAUCUCUAGAGCUUCUCAACCCAACAAAGGAUGACGCUGGUGAAUACAGCUGUUGUGCCUCAAACAAGCACGGUAGUGACACCUGUUCUGCUAAACUGAACUUCACCGAGCGCAAAAUUCCACCAACUUUCACUAAGAAACCCUCCGAGCACAUUGAGGAUGCCGAGGGAAAAGUGGUGAAGCUUGAGGGUCGAGUAACUGGGUCACAGCCUCUAUCUGUAAGCUGGUGUAAAGAUAACAGAGAAAUCGACACUUCUGACAUCUAUGACAUUUCCUUCAAGAGCAACACGGCUGUGAUGUGUCUCAAGAAAGCCACAGUCACAGACAGUGGUGUUUAUACAUGCAGUGCUUCUAAUGAAGCUGGCACUGCUUCCUUCCAGGUGGUGGUUAACAUCACAGAGCAAAAAAGGCCACCGACUUUUGACAUUCCCCUUAAACCAGUGACAGUGAGUGAGGGAGAAAGACUAAACCUUAGCUGCCAUGUCUCUGGGUCAUCACCAAUGAAGAUUCAGUGGAUGAAAGACAGAAGGGAGGUCACAUCCUCUACUAACAACAAGAUGAUAUUUGUGGAUGGCACAGCCACCCUGGAGAUAAACCAGACAUCCAAAACUGAUGCAGGAGAUUAUCUGUGCAAGGCAACCAACAGUGCUGGUAGUGAAUUCUCCAAGACCAAAGUCACAAUCAAAGAUAAAGCAGGUGCAGCACCUGUAACAGCACCAGCAGCCCCCACAGCACUUCAAACAGUUAAAAAACUGGAUAACCUGUUCUUCAUUGAGGAGCCCAAGAGCAUUCACAUUGUUGAGAAGGGUACAGCUACCUUCAUUGCUAAAGUUGGUGGUGAUCCCAUUCCCAAUGUGAAAUGGAUGAAGGGCAAAUGGAGACAAAUGACCCAUGGUGGUCGCGUCAACAUUCAACAAAAAGGCCAAGAGGCCAAGUUGGAGAUCAAAGAGGUAACCAAAUCUGACUCUGGUCAGUACAGAUGUGUUGCUUCAAACAAACAUGGAGAAAUUGAGUGCAGCACAAACUUGAAUGUUGAUGAGAAGAAAGAGUCCGGACCAGAGAUGGUCAAACUGAAGAAGACUCCAUCAAAGCAGAAAAGUCCAAAGGAAGACAAAGACAUUGACAUUGUUGAGUUGCUAAGAAAUGUAGAUCCAAAAGAGUAUGAAAAAUAUGCUCGCAUGUAUGGAAUCACAGACUUCCGGGGUCUCCUUCAAGCUAUUGAGUUUCUGAAGAAGGAGAAGGGUGAAGAAAGUGGAAGACCGGAAAGUGAACAUGGAAGAGAAUAUGAUGAGGAUUUGGCUAAGCUUGUGUCUGAUUUGCAGAGGCGUAUGGAACACAGUGAACCUGUUACCCUCCUUAAAGACAUCACAGAUCAGACAACUAAAGUUAACACAGAGACAGUGUUUGAGUGUGAGAUUAAAAUCAACUAUCCAGAAAUUACACUGUCUUGGUAUAAAGAUACACAGAAGCUAGAAACUAGUGAUAAAUAUGACAUUAAACUCGUGGGCGACCGUCAUAUAUUGAAGAUCAAGAACUGUCAGACCAGUGACCAGGGAAAUUACCGUGUCGUUUGUGGGCCACAUAUAUCCAGUGCCAGACUGACAGUGUUGGAAUUGAAGAAACCCAUUGAGGAGACUGUAACAAAACGUGUAGUGGAAAGGACAGAGGAGGUCCCUAUAAAAGUUAUGGAGCAACCAGAAGAGAAAACUGAAACAUCCUUUGUACAACCUCCAGUUCCUGAGAAAGAACCUGAAGUCAAGAAGCCUGUUGAGGAAAAAGUCCCAUCUGUCAUGGUGGCAGAGCAAAAAGAACAGCCCACACGCAAAGAGCCUAAACCUCAGGUGCCAGCAGAACCAAAGGCUACAGUGGUUGAACCAAAACCUGAACCUAAGUCUGAACCAAAAGCUCUACCCAUACCUGAGCCCACACCUGUUCCCAAGCCUGAGCCAAAAGCUCUACCCAAACCUGAGCCCACACCUGUGCCCAAGCCUGAGCCAAAAGCUCUACCAAAGCCUGAGCCCAAACCUGAGCCCAAGCCUGAGCCAAAAACUACACCAAAGCCUGAGUCUGAACCUAAGCCUGCAGUUGAAAAGAAAGUUGAGGCACCUUCUGUCAAAGAACCAGAAUUAGUGAAGAAACGUGAACCAGAAGUCCCGAAGCCAAUUGUGGCUCCAGCUGAGCAGAAAAUAUCGCCUCCAUCAAAAGAGCCAACUGUUGAAAGAAAAACAUCACCUGAGGCACCUAAGGCAACUGUGAUCCCAGUUGAACAGAAAAUAUUGCAUCCUUCAAAAGAACCAACUGUUGAAAAGAAACCAGUUCCUGAAGUACCAAAGCCAACUGUGGCUCAAGUACAACAGAAAAUAGUAUCUCCUCCAAAAGAGCCAACUGUUGAAACAAAACCAGCUCCUGAACUACCAAAGCCAACUGUGGUUCCAGUAGAAAAGAAAAUAGUAUCUCCUCAGAAAGAGCCAGCUGUUGAAAAGAUACCAUCUCCUGUGGCACCAGAGCCAACAGCAACUCCAGUUGAACAGAAAGUCAGUCUUCCUACAGAUGCAGAAAAGGGCCCUGUUACAGCUCCUGGACCUGCUGGCAAAGAUGGAAAACCAAAGGAAGAGCCAGCUCCAGGCAGAGGCAGAGGACUAAGACCAAGACAAACUCCAUCUCCUGGUGAUGCUGGAAGGGGUAGAGGGCUGAAACCUGGUGGUGGAGGUGACAAGCCUCCAGGAGAAUCACCAUUUGGUUUCCAGCUCAAAGCUGUCCCCUUGAAGUUUGUGAAGGAGCUCCAAGACAUUGUGUUACAGGAGGCUGAGUCCAUUGGCUCUUCUGCUGUAUUUGAGUGCCAGAUCUCUCCAUCUACUGCUAUCACCACCUGGAUGAAAGAUGGAAGCAAUCUAAGGGAGGAUCCAAAGCACAAAUUCACAUCUGAUGGCAAAGACCGCAAACUGCAAAUCAUUGAUGUACAGCUUUCAGACACUGGAGAGUACACAUGUGUUGCAAAGCUGGGCAACAAAGAGAAGACCUCAACAGCUAAACUUAUUGUUGAAGAAUUACCUGUAAAAUUCACAAAGAAUCUGGAAGAAGAGACCUCUGUGUUCAAGGGCCAACCAAUGUAUUUGACCUGUGAGUUGAGCAAGGACAGAGAUGUGGUCUGGAAGAAGAAUGGACAAGUGAUAAAAGAAAUUCCUGGCAAACUUCAAAUCAAUGUUAUUGGGCUACAGCAUGCCAUCACAAUCCAGGACGCGAACGAUGAUGAUGCUGGUGUUUACACAUGCGAGUGUGAAAACAUCAAAACUCAAACUAAUGUCAAGGUUAUUGAAAUUGUUAGAGACUGGUUAGUGAAACCUCUGCGGGACCAGCAUGUGAAACCCAAGGCCACUGCUACAUUCAAAGGCGAGCUCUUCAAGGACACCCCUAACUGGAAGUGGUACAAGGGUAAUGAUGAAAUCCCUAAUGAGCCUACAGAUAAGACUGAGGUGAAGAAGGAGGGUAAAGACAUCACUCUUACCAUUAAAAAUGCCCAGCCUGAUGACGUCGCUGAGUACGCUGUGGAGGUUGAAGGCCGCAGAUAUGCAGCAAAACUAUCACUUGGAGAGCGUGAAGCUGAGAUCUUGAAGCCUCUUGCUAGCAUAGAGGUGGUUGAGAAAACGGAGGCCAACUUUGAUGCUGAAAUUUCAGAGGAUGAUGUACCUGGAGAAUGGAAACUUAGAGGACAGGUUCUGACAAGAUCACCGACAUGUGACAUCAGAUCUGAGGGAACAAAGCGAUUCCUUACUAUCAAAAAUGUUCAGCUUGAUCAAGCUGGUGAAGUUACAUACCAAGCUCUGAAUGCUGUGACAAGUGCUAUGCUCACAGUAAAAGAGGGCGAUGCAUAUUUCACCACCAAGUUACAAGAUUACACCGCAGUUGAAAAAGAUGAAGUCACAUUUGACUGCGAGCUCAGUAGAGAUGUUCCUGUGAAAUGGUUCAAGAAUGAAAUUGAAAUGAAAGCCUCCAAGAUGAUUACCUUGAAAGUUGAAGGCAACCGAAGAAUCCUCAAUCUUAAAAAAGUUGAGAGCAAAGACAAAGGACUAUAUGUUUGCGACUGUGGAACAGACAAGACUUCAGCCAACUUGAACAUUGAAGCUCGUGACAUCAAAGUGGUGCGACCCAUGUAUGGCGUUGAGCUCUUUGAUGGUGAGACGGCUCGUUUUGAGGUGGAAAUCUCUGAAGACGAUGUACAUGGCCAGUGGAAACUGAAGGGCGAAGUCUUGUCCUCUUCACCUGAUGUUGAGAUUAUUGAGGAUGGUGCAAAACACACAUUAACGCUCUACAACUGCAAAGUUUCCCAAUCUGGAGAGGUGGUCUUCCAGGGAGCGAAUGCUAAGUGUUCUGUAAAUCUUAAAGUGAAAGAAUUGCCCAUUUCUUUUGUAUUGCCUUUGAACGAUGUACAAGUCUAUGAGAAAGAUGAUGCAAGAUUUGAAAUUGAACUGUCAAGAGAGGCUAAGGUUGUCCGUUGGCUAAAAGGACCUCAGGAGUUGAAGGCUGACGAAAAGUUUGAAAUUGUCGCAGAAAGGAAAAGACACAUUUUAGUGGUCAAAUCUGCUGCCUAUGAGGAUGAGGCUAAGUACACGUUUGAGGCUGAGGACAAGAGGACUUCAGCCAAACUUGUUAUUCAGGGUAUCCGUCUUGAGUUUGUCAGACCCAUUAAAGAUGUCACCGUUAAAGAGCGUGAGACUGCAGAAUUCAGGAUUGAACUCUCUCAUGAGAAGAUUCAAGUCACCUGGUACAAGAAUGAUGUGCGUUUGCAUCCAAGCAAAGUGGUGCACAUGUCCGAGGAUGGCAAGAUCCAUACUCUGUCCUUCAAAGAGGUGUCUAUUGAUGACACUUCUCUAAUUAAAGUUGAGGCCCUUGGUAAAAGCUCUGAAGCAAUGCUCACUGUGCUUGAGGGAGAAGCUUACUUCACUACCAAGUUACAGGACUACACUGCAGUUGAGAAGGAUGAGGUUGUCCUGAAGUGCGAAGUGAGCAAAUCAUCUGCUCAGGUGAAAUGGUUAAAAGACGGCAAGGAAAUCACUCCCUCUAAGAACGUCAUCAUCAAGGCUGAUGGAAAGAAACGUAUCCUGACAGUGAAGAAGGCAGAGAAGGCCAACAUUGGUGAAUAUGUGUGCGACUGUGGCUCUGACAAGACAGCUGCUAAGCUCAACAUUGAAGAACGUGAUAUUAAAAUGGUCCGUCCACUGUAUAGUGUGGAGGUCACAGAGACAGAGACUGCUCGCUUUGAGACAGAAAUCUCUGAGGAGGAUGUUCAUGGUAACUGGAAACUCAAAGGAGAUGCCCUGCACCAGUCUGCUGACUGUGAAAUUAAGGAGGAAGGCACCAAGCACAUGCUUAUCCUUUACAAUGUUCGCAUGGAUAUGGCUGGUGGUGUGGACUUCAGUGCUGCUAACGCAAAAUCAACUGCUCAGCUCAGAGUUAAAGCACGCACAAUUGGCGUCCUGCGACCUCUGCGGGAUGUCACUGUCACUGCUGGAGAGACUGCUACCUUUGACUGUGAGCUCUCAUAUGAAGAUAUUCCAGUUGAAUGGUUCGUUGGCCCAACAAAGAUGGAGCCAAGUGACAGGGUGGUCACCAGAGCAGAAGGAAGACUGCAUUCUCUGACUGUAAGAGAUGUCAAGAUGACGGAGGCUGGGGAAGUGAAACUUACUGCAAAGGACUUUGUAACCCAGGCCAAACUUACUGUGAACGAGCCACCAGUUGAGUUCACCAAGCCUUUGGAGGACCAGACUGUUGAGGAGGAAGCCACAGCCAUUCUGGAGUGUGAACUGUCCAGGGAGAAGGCUGACGUGAAGUGGUUCAGAGACGGACAGGAAAUCCGUAAAACCAAGAAGUAUGAGAUGGUAGCUGAGGGACGCAUAAGGAGACUGAUCAUCAAGGACUGUAGCCUUGACGAUUCCAAGACAUAUACCUGUGAUGCAAAGGAUUUCAAGACAUCUGCUUUCUUAAAUGUUGAACCUCCAUUUGUUGAAUUCACAAAGCCUCUUCAUGAUGUUGAGGUUAAGGAGAAGGAAUCUGCUAAGUUUGAAUGCGAAGUGUCCCGUGAAAGUGCCAAGGUUCGCUGGUUCAAAGAUGGCGCUGAGAUCAGAAAAGGCAAAAAGUAUGAGAUAAUUUCCAAGGGACUACAGCGUAUUCUCAUCAUCAGCAAGGCAGUAUUUGAUGAUGAAGCAGAAUAUGAAUGUGAUGCAAGGACAUCCAAAUCCUCUGGAAUGCUGACAGUUGUCGAGGAGGAAGCUAGAUUCACAAAGAACUUGUCCAAUGUUGAGGGCACCGAAACUGACAGCAUUAAGAUGAUUUGUGAGGUCUCCAAACCCAGUGCAGAGGUUACAUGGUACAAGGGUGACCAGGAGAUCCCUGAGGGUGGUAGAUAUGAACAUGUUGCAGAUGGGAGAAAGAGAAUUCUCAUCAUAAAGGACCUUCAUAUUGAUGAUGCUGGCGAGUACCAGUGCAAACUCCCUGCUUCUGAAACAAAAGGAACUCUAAAGAUCAGUGAAUUGGCAGCUGAGUUCAUUGCUAGGCCCCAAAACCAAGAGGCUGUUGAGGGUGAAAAGGUUGAGUUUGUUUGCUCAGUGUCUAAGGAAAAUUAUGAAGUCAAAUGGUUCAAAGGAGACAAAGAAAUUACGACUGAUGAUAAGUAUGAAAUUGUUGUCGAUGGCAAGAGGAGGGCACUCAUUGUCAAAAACUGCGAGCUAAAAGAUGAGGGUGCAUUCACUGCCCGCAUUGGCUCUGUAAAAGCUUCAGCAGACUUGUUGGUGAUUGAAAAACUGAGGAUAAUCACUCCCAUCAAGGAUACCCAAGUAAAGGAAGGACAAGAGAUCGUUCUGAACUGUGAGGUGAACUCAGAGGGAGCCAAAGCCAAAUGGCUGAAGGGCAAUGAGACGAUGUUUGAGAGCAGCAAGUUUAUCAUGGUUCAGAGAGACACUGUGUUCUCUCUGAGAAUAAAAGCUGCAGAAAAGUCAGAUGAAGCCAGCUAUACCAUUACACUGACUAACCAACGCGGAGAGCAGGCCAAGUGCUCUGCUAACGUCAGUGUACUAGAGGAAGCCAUCAAGAUCAUUCAGCCACUAGAGGACUGUGAAAUAGAGGAAAAGAAGACUAUGACUUUCUCUUGCAAAGUGAACAGACCUAAUGUGACAGUCCAAUGGAUGAAGGCUGGUCAAGAGAUCACUUUCAGCAAACGCAUUCUGUAUCGUGUGGAUAAGGACAAGCACACUCUGACCAUUAAGGACUGCAGCCUCGCAGACGAGGGUGAAUACUGUGUAGUUGCUGGGACGGAUAAGUCCACAGCGGAACUGAUCAUCAGUGAGGCACCCACUGAAUUCACCGCUCAGCUCAGAGACCAAACCAUCACUGAAUUUGAGGAUGCCGAGUUCACUUGCAAAUUAUCUAAGGAGAAAGCCCAUGUUAAAUGGUACAGGGAAGGACGUGAAAUCAGAGAAGGACCAAGAUAUCAUAUGGAAAAAGAUGGAAAAGAAUGCAAGCUUGUAAUCAAAGAGUGUAGACCAGAUGAUGAAUGUGAAUAUGCCUGUGGAGCGGAAGACAAAAGGACAAGGGCACGUCUCUUUGUUGAAGAGAUUCCAGUGGAAAUUGUCAGGCCACCCACAGAUGUAUUUGAGCCUCCAGGAUCAGAUAUUGUGUUUGAGGCUGAACUAAAUAAGGACAGAGUUGAGGUCAAAUGGAUGAGGAACAACAUGAUCAUUGUCCAGGGUGACAAAUACCAGAUGAUCAGUGAGGGCAAAGUUCAUAGAUUGCAAGUCUGUGAGAUCAGGCCCCGUGAUCAGGGAGAAUACAGAAUUGUUGCAAAGGAGAAGGAUGCCAGAGCCAAGCUUGAGCUUGCUGCUAUCCCAAAGAUCAAGACUACAGAUCAGAACCUUGUAACAGAUGCAGGAAAGCCUUUUGUCAUGACGGUACCCUAUGAUGCUUAUCCUCGUGCUGAGGCAGAAUGGUUUUACAAUGACAUCAGCCUGCCUGGGCAAAACAUUGACACAUCCAUUGAAAGGACAAAGUACAUGCUGAAGGACCCCAAGAAGUCAGACCAGGGUCGUUACAAGAUUGUCAUCAAGAACAAACAUGGAACAGGAGAGGCUUUUAUUAAUCUUGAUGUCAUUGAUGUUCCUGGACCAGUGAAGAACCUGCAUGUUGUUGACACUGCUGAUGGUGAGGUAAGCCUUGCUUGGGAAGAACCUGAAAGUGAUGGUGGAAGCAAGAUCUUGGCUUAUGUGGUUGAGAGACGAGACGUCAAACGCAAGACCUGGACAAUGGCCACAGACCGUGCUGACAUUCCUGAGUACUGUGUUGGUGGAUUGCAGAAAGACAACAAGUAUUUCUUCCGUGUAUGUGCUCGCAAUAGAGUUGGAAAUGGAGAACCAGUUACUACUGAUGAGGCUGUUCAAGCCAAAAACAAAUUUGAUGUGCCUGAUGCACCUCAGAAGUUUAUGGUUGGAGUUGUCAAUAGGUUUGGUGUCACAGUUUCCUGGGAACCACCACUUUUUGAUGGAGGAUCUGAGAUCACAUCUUAUAUCAUUGAGCUACGCGACAGAACCUCUGUGAAAUGGGAGCCUGCGUUGGUGGUCAAAGCUGAGGAUCGCACAGCUACACUCAAAGAUGUUGUUGAAAACAAGGAGUACAUCUUUAGGGUCAGAGCUGAGAACAAAGCUGGAAUUGGCCAGCCAAGCGCUGCCACAGAUCCAGUGAAGAUCAUGGAUCCCAUUGAGAGGCCAAGUCCACCUCUGAACUUCAACUACACAAAUCAGACCAAAGACUCAGUUCAGCUGUCAUGGGAAACACCCAUCAGCAAUGGAGGCAGUAUGAUUACAGGCUACAUUAUUGAGAAGUGUGAGGAUGGUUCUGACAAGUGGCUGAGAUGUAAUGCUAGGCUUUGCCCUGACCUUUACUACAGGGUUUCUGGACUUAAGUUUGGUCAGAAGUAUCACUACAGAGUAUGUGCAGAAAAUGCUGCUGGCAUUUCUGAUCCAGCUGAUGCAAUUGGGCCACUUUUGGCUGACGAUCCUCAUGUGGGUCCCGUCAUGGAUCUCAGUGGGUUCAAGAAUGGUCUGGAAGUCAUUGUUCCCAAUGCUCUUGUCAUCCGAGUUCCCAUUACGGGAUAUCCUGUGCCCAAACCCAAGUGGACAUUUGGUGACAAAGAGGUCACUGCAGGUGACCGUGUUUCCAUGGUUACAAAGCCUACAUACACUGAACUGGUUGUUGCUCCAAGUGUGCGUCCAGACAAAGGAACAUACACAUUACAAUUGGAGAAUGAUGUGACAUCUGUCUCUGGAGAGAUCGAAGUCAAUGUUAUUGCAUGUCCAAGUGCACCCAAAGACUUCAAAGUUGCAGAGGUGACCAGACAUCAUGUGCAUCUAAUGUGGGAAGCACCAGAUCAUGAUGGAGGCAGCCCUGUAAGUGGGUACAAUAUUGAGAAAAGAGAGGUUUCCCGCAAAACCUGGGUUAAGGUGAUGUCAGGUGUAGAGGACCUCGAGUACACUGUCACAGAUGUCAUUGAGGGCAAGGAGUACCUGUUCAGUGUUAUUGCUUGUAAUAAAUGUGGACCAGGAGAGCCAGCAUACAUUGAUGAACCCGUGAAUGUGUCCUCCCCAGCCACUGUGCCUGACCCUCCUGAGAACCUGAAAUGGAGAGACAAAUCAGCAAAGAGCAUCUUCCUGCUCUGGGAACCUCCCAGAUAUGAUGGUGGUACUGCUGUCAAGGGCUACAUUGUUGAUAAAUGCCAGCGUGGCACUGACAAAUGGGAAGCUUGUGGAGAUCCUAUACAUGAACUUAAGUUCCAUGUGACUGGUCUUACUGAAGGUCAGUGGUAUGCCUACCGUGUAAGAGCAGUGAACAGACUUGGAGCCAGCCGACCCUGCAAGGCUACAGAUGAGAUACUGGCUGUAGAUCCUAAAGAGCCACCAGAAAUCCAGCUGGAUGUUAAGCUUCUAGCAGGCUUAACAGCUAGGGCUGGCACUAAGAUUGACCUGCCCGCUGAUGUGCUUGGCAAGCCAGAGCCAAGAGUAAAAUGGACAAAGGCUGACCAUGUCCUCAAACCAGAUGAUAAGAUUACCAUAGACACAAAACCUGGCCAUUCCACACUUUCCAUUGCAAACACAACCAGAUCUGACACAGCCACCUAUAUCAUUGAGGCAGUCAACACUAGUGGCCGUGCCACUGCAACUGUUGAUGUCAACAUUCUUGACAAACCUGGCCCUCCAGCUGCUUUUGAUAUCACUGAAAUCACCAAUGAAUCCUGCUGUCUAGCCUGGAAUGCGCCCAGAGAUGAUGGUGGCUCACCAGUAACCAAUUACAUUGUGGAGAUGAGACCCACAGAUAAAGAAGAGUGGCAGAAACUGUCUGCUACAAUCAAACAAACCAUUUUUAAAGCCUCCAAACUCAUUCCCAUGAAGGAGUAUGUCUUUAGAGUAUCUGCUGAGAACCAGUAUGGCAUUGGGACACCUGCAGAGCAUGUGCCUAUUGUUGCAAAGUAUUCAUUUGACACUCCUGGGGCACCAACCAGGGUUAAGCCUUCUGAUAUCACAAAGGAUGCUGUAACUCUGACUUGGUAUGAGCCUGAUGAAGAUGGUGGAAGCCCCAUUACUGGUUACUGGGUUGAGAGGUUUGAUCCGGAGACUGACAAGUGGGUCAGGUGUAACAAGCUACCAGUUAAGGACAUAUCGUACAGGGUGAAAGGCUUGCCAACAAAGAAGAAGGCCAGGUUCCGUGUUUUGGCUGAAAAUCUUGCAGGAUCAGGAAAGCCAAGUGCUGAGACUGACCCAGUCUUGAUUAAAGACCCAAUUGAUCCUCCUUGGGCUCCUGGGAAACCAUUCAUCAAAGACAUUGCCAAGACUUCAGCAGACCUGCAGUGGACCAGACCUGAGCAUGAUGGAGGUGCUAAAAUUGAGUCCUACAUAAUUGAGCUUCAAAAGAGCGGAACUGAGGAAUGGGUUCGUGUAGCUGAGGAUGUGCCAGCAACAGAGCAUUUAUUGAAGGGUCUGAUGGAGAAGCAGGAGUAUUCUUUCAGAGUCAAGGCUGUCAAUGUUGCUGGAGAGAGUGAACCCAGUGACCCAAGUGACCCUGUUGUCUGCAAAGAGAGACACUAUCCUCCAAAUGCCCCACGCUGGCUUGAGGUGGUUAACAUUACUAAAAUCAACUGUGACCUGAAAUGGACUGAACCAGAUAGUGAUGGUGGCUCUCCAAUUACCAACUAUGUUGUUGAGAAGAGAGACGUCAGACGCAGAGCCUGGCAGGCUGUGGAUACCACAGUGAAAGAUACCAAGUAUACUGUCACUCCACUGAAUGAAGGCUCUCUUUAUGUUUUCCGUGUUGCUGCUGAGAAUGCAGUUGGUGUAAGCGAGUUCUGUGAACUAGAGGACUCUGUUUUGGCCAAGGACACUUUCACAACCCCUGGACCUCCCUAUGCUUUGACGGUUGUUGAAGUGUCUAAGAGACAAGUCGAGCUGAAAUGGGAACCACCCAGCAGUGAUGGUGGAAGACCCAUAACCAAGUAUGUUAUUGAGAAGAAAGAGAAAGUAGGCACACGUUGGGUAAAGUCUGGAAAGACAUCUGGCCCUGAAUGCAAGUACAAGGUGACUGAUGUUGAUGAAGGCUCUGAGGUACAGUUCCAGGUCCGUGCUGAGAACGAAGCUGGAGUUGGUGACCCAAGUGAACCUACUGUUAUCAUGACCAUUGAAGAUCCCAUAAGUGCACCUUCUCCUCCGCUUGAAGUCAAGAUUGUUGAUGCCAGCAGAGAGCACAUCAACAUUACAUGGAAAGCUCCUGAAAAGAAUGGCGGAAGUCCAGUCACAGGCUACCAUGUUGAGCUGUCAGAAGCUGGAACUGAGAAGUGGAUGAGAAUUAAUGCUCGUCCUGUCAAAGAGCUCAGGUUUAAGGCUGAGGAAGGCAUCAUUCCUGAGAAAAAAUAUGUUCUUAGAGUUCGUGCUAUCAAUGCUAUUGGAGUCAGUGAUCCCUCUGAAAUUUCAGAUGAAGUCUUUGCCAAAGACCCUGACUGUGCACCAACCAUGACUCUCGAAACCCAAGACAUUGUUAUCAUUGAGGGUGAGAAGAUGGACAUAAAAAUCCCUUACAGAGCAAUACCGAAACCAUCAAUGGUCUGGAAAAAGGGUGACACUGAAUUAAAGACUGAAGACAGACUGACAUUGACAUGUGAACUCAAUCGUGUUCACCUGGAGCUUCUCAAGUGUAAACACGAAGAUGCUGGCGUGUACACUGUUACGCUUGAGAACAGUCUAGGUUCAAUAACUGGCACAAUCAACGUAAAAGUGAUUGGCCUGCCUGGACAAUGUAAGGACAUCUCUUCCAGUGAGGUCACCAAGAACUCUUGCAAGAUCUCUUGGGAGCCUCCAGAGAGUGAUGGUGGUAGCCCAAUCCUGCACUAUGUUCUAGAGCGUAGGGAAGCUCAGAAGAAGACAUUUUUGCCUGCAAUGUCUGGAGACAAUGUUUUAAGUUUUGUGGUCAAAGAUCUUAUGCUCAAUGGUGAAUAUUACUUUAGAGUGAAGGCUGUUAACAAGAUUGGUAGUGGCGAGUUUCUUGAACUCCGUAAUCCUGUCAUAACAGAAGUACAAAAACAACACCCAGACCCACCAAUUGAAGUUGAAGGACACAAUCCCACCUCAAAUUCGAUCACUGUUACUUGGAUGGCACCACCAUAUGAUGGUGGAUGUCCAAUCACAGGGUACAUUCUUGAGAAGAUUGAAAAAGAUGGGGAUAGAUUUGAAAGAUGCGUUCCAAAUCUGGUACCUGGUUUCUCCUACACUGUCACUGGCUUGACGGAAGGAAAGGAAUACCAGUUCCGUGUCCGUGCAGAGAACAUUGCAGGAGCAAGUGAACCAUCUCGCAGUACAGCAUUGAUUAAGGCUGCUGAUCCUGUUGAACCACCAAAGGUAUCACUCCAUGCCCGUAUUGCAUCUGGCCUCAGUAUCAAAAAGGGCGAAGAGAUUAGAUUGGAUGCUUACAUAUCGGGAUCUCCCUACCCAACUGUUACAUGGCUCAGAAAUGAUGAGAAUGUGAGGCAGCCACCAGCUAAGAAGAAACCAGAAAUUGUGAAAAAGAAGAAAAAGAAGUCUGUUCAGCCUGAACCUGAAGAAGAAUUCCAUCCACCACUUUUAGAUCGCUUGUCAUUUGACCAGAGCAAAAGGUGUGAAACUGCUCUGAUGGUGCGUGAUGCCAUCAGAACGGACCAUGGAAUGUUCACUAUUAAAGUUGAGAAUCCCCAUGGUGUUGCAACAGCAUCAUGUGAAGUCAAUGUUCUUGAUAAGCCUGGCCCCCCUGUUAACUUUGGAUUUGAUGAGAUCAGGAACACCUCUGUUGUUUGCAUGUGGGAUGCACCUCUUGAUGACGGUGGCAGUGAGAUCAUCAACUACAUACUGGAAAAGAAAGACAACACUACUGAUGAGAUUGGUUGGGUAACUGUGACCUCGACCCACAAGGGAUAUAAUUACCCUGUAACCAAGCUUAUUGAAGGAAAGGAGUACAUCUUCAGAGUCACAGCUGAAAACAAGUUUGGCUGUGGACAUCCAUGCUACUCUGAACCACUUGUUGCAAAGAAUCAAUUUGAACCACCUGAUGCUCCCAACGUGCCAAGAAUUGGAGAGGUUACCUCCAGCACAGCUGCUCUCAGCUGGCAUGAGCCAAAGGACAAUGGUAGCCCUAUCUUGGGCUAUUGGGUUGAGAGACGUGAAGUCAACAGCAAAUAUUGGACCAGAGUGAACAACAAUCUCCUUAAUUCACUUUCGGUUAAGGUAGAGGGUCUUUUGGAGGGCCUUGUUUACGUCUUCAGGGUCUGUGCCGAAAAUCUUGCUGGCCCGGGAGAAUUCAGUCCACCAACUGACCCUCAGACUGCAAUGGAUGCAAUCUUGCCUCCUGGCCCUCCCGUACCAAAAAUUGUUGAUGUCACAAAUACAACUAUCGAUAUCAGUUGGGUACCUCCAUUGUACAAUGGUGGUGGAGAAAUUCUUGGAUAUCAUGUUGAACGCUGUCUGGUUGGAGAGAAGGACUGGGUCCGCUGUACUGAGUUUAGAUGCAAAGACCGCAAAUACACAGUGACUGGACUGACCGAGGGAGCUGACUAUUACCUUCGUGUAUACGCUGUAAAUGAAGCAGGUCAUGGAGCACCAGGCAUGACUGAACCUGUUCAAGCCAAAGAGCCAGAAGAGGCCCCAGGGCUUGAGUUUGAUAUAUCUGUAAGGAAUGGAGUCAUCAUUAGAGCUGGAGAAACAUUGCGUCUCCCUGCUGUUGUGACUGGACGCCCUGUACCAGAAGUUAAGUGGACAAAAGAUGAUGCAGAGCCAGACAAGGAACACACAGUUAUUGAGAGAGAAGGAAAAAACAGCAGUUUAAGCAUCAAAAAUGCUUUGAGAACUGACCAUGGCAUAUACCAGAUCACAGGUACCAACCCCAGCGGAACCAAGUCUGCUUCCGUUAAGGUGGAUGUAAUGGAUGUCCCCGGACCAGUGGUUGAUCUUAAGACAGUUCAUGUGACCAAGAAAAUGAUUUCACUCACCUGGUCAGAUCCUCUGGAUAAUGGUGGAAGUGACAUCAUGGGCUAUGUUGUUGAAAGAAAAGAUGCCAAAAUGCACAUUUACAGACAACCCUUAGAAGUUGCUGCUUGCAAAUGUGACAUUGUUGGUCUUCUUGAUGGAGAAGAAUAUAUGUUCCGUGUAGUCGCAAGGAACAAGUAUGGCCUUGGUGCUCCUGUUGAACUUGGACCUGUUUUAGCAGCAGAUCCUAAAGGAGUUCCAACUGCCCCAGAGAAAUUGCACUGUAAGGAAAGAACCAAGAGCACUAUUACUUUGACUUGGGAACCACCUCGUAGCGAUGGUGGUUCUGAAAUCAGAGGCUACUAUAUUGAAAAGAUGAGACAAGACAGCAAUGAAUAUGAUGUUGCCAAUCGCCAACUCUGCAAAGACCUCACCAUCACUCUGGAAAAUCUGUCUGAGAAUAUGAUGUAUGACUUUAGAGUCAAAGCUGUCAAUGAGGUUGGCGAUGGAGAACCAUCCAAACCAAUCAGUGUUAAUAUUCAGGAUGAUGAACUUAUACCAACUGUUAAGUGGUUGAAAUUCUUUAAGAGCGAUGCUAUUAUUGUCAAGAAGGGAGCAGCUAUUGAAAUUCCUGCUGAAAUUGUUGGCCUACCCUUGCCUACAUUUGAGUGGACAAAGAAUGGAGUAGCUAUCGACCAACCUACUGAGACAAUGUCACUGGAAUCAGAAGAGAUUGACAGGCAAACUAUCAAAACCAAAAUUGGUAUUCCUGAAACUGUAAGAAAAGACACAGGCAUUUACAAGUUAACUGCCACAAAUACCCGUGGAGUAGGUCAACGGACAAUCCGGGUGGAUAUCUUGGAUCGCCCAUUGCCACCAAGAAACAUUGUGGUGUCUGACAUCAAAGCUGAGUCCUGCUACCUUACCUGGGAUGCUCCAGAGGACAAUGGUGGAAGUGACCUCACUAACUAUAUAAUUGAGAAGAGAGAUGCCAGUAAAAAGAAGUCAGACUGGGAACAGUUGACAUGCUGUGUCAUAGACAGACGUUAUGGGGUGUACAAGUUGGAGGCCUAUGGUACCUACCAGUUCCAGAUCAAAGCUGAGAACAAGUACGGGGUCAGUGAUGGUUGUGAAUCAGAAAAGGUUGUACUCAAAGAUCCAUUUGGUCUUCCUGGGCCACCCCAGAGGCCAAGGAUUAUUAGUCACUCUAGUUCAUCCAUGUUGGUCACUUGGGAUCCUCCAAAAGACAAUGGUGGCUCAACCAUUCAAGGCUACUGGCUUGAAAAGAGAGAGAGAGGAGCUGUGUACUGGAGUCGUGUUAACAGGGCUCCCGUGACAAAACCAGCAGUCAGGGGCCUGGAAUACAAUGUGCUCCACCUUAUUGAGGGUUUAGAGUACCAGUUCCGUGUGAUGGCUCAGAAUGCAGCCGGCGUUGGACCUCCAAGUGAAUCAACAGAGUGUGUGUUUGCACUUGAUCCAAGAAAACCACCAAGUCAACCACCAGCACCUGAAGUAACAAACAAAACCAUCAGCAGCGUCAGUCUGUCCUGGACCCCACCAGAAAAAGAUGGAGGAAGUCCAGUAAAGGGUUACAUUGUUGAAGUUCAAGAUGAAGGUUCACAUGAGUGGAGAAGGAUCAAUACACCGGAUAAGCUGAUCCUUACCAAUUCAUACACUGUGUCAGGGCUUAAAGAGAAUAAGAAAUGCAGGUUCAGGAUUGUUGCUGUCAAUGCUGCUGGUGAAUCUGAGCCAAGUCCCAGAACAGGCGAUACCAUUGUGCAAGAUAUUCUGGAGGAACCUGUCAUUACCAUGGGGGUGACAGCUCAUGAGCUUCUCAAUUGCCGUGCUGGAACAACCAUCAAGAUUCCAGCCACCAUCUCUGGCAAACCUAUUCCGAAUGUUACAUGGGAAUUUGAUGGAACUGCCCCAACAGAGAAAAAGAAUGAGCGUCAUAUUUUGCCAGAGGAUUCAGAAAUAUCAUCCAGUGAUACGACAUCAUUAGUGGUAAUCCCUGAAUGUAAAUUAAACCACUCUGGGCGAUACAACAUCACUGCCAGCAACCAGGCUGGCACCAAAAUUGUUAAAGUGCACGUGAAUGUACUUGAUUUGCCUGGAGCUCCUAAAGAUCUCAAAAUCAGUGACAUCACACGUGGAACAUGUAGACUAAGCUGGAAGCCACCAGACUGUGAUGGAGGUGACAGAAUCAAGAGCUACUUUGUUGAGAAAAAGACUGCUGAAGGAAAGGCUUGGACAAAGGUCAACCCAGCUUGCGCAACACAGUCCUUAGUUGUGCCAGACCUCAUUGAAGGACAAGAAUACUUUUUCCGUGUAAGAGCUGAGAAUCGCUUUGGUUUGGGACCUCAUAUCGCAACCAUUCAGCGGACUAAAGCCAGAGAUCCUAUUCAUCCUCCUGAUCCUCCCACAAGAGUCAAAAUUGUUGAUGUGUCCAAGGGCAUUGUGACUCUGACAUGGAAGCCACCAAAGAAUGAUGGUGGUGCACCUGUAACUCACUACAAUGUUGAGCGUCUAUGGUGGGAUGGCAGUGGAAACCAGCAAGAGUCCUGGAGACAGUGUAACCGCCGUGAUAUUGAUACCACCACCUUCAAUGUAGAGGAUCUCCACGAGGGUGCUGAAUAUGAAUUCCGUGUUAAGGCUGUGAAUGAGGUUGGUGCCAGCAGACCGUCCUCUACGGCAGGACCCAUCAUUGUAAAGGACCAGAACAGGGCACCUUCCAUUGAGCUUCCAGAAUUCAUGGAGGUUGAACAGGGUACAGAUAUUAAUAUUGUUGCUAAGAUUAAGGGCUGUCCAUUUCCAACCCUCACAUGGCAGAAGGCUCCUCCUCACAAAAGUGAAAACAAGGUUGCCGUGGAGUAUGAUGAACACAUCAACAAACUGGUUUCUGAUGAUAGUUGCACACUGCUGAUCCAGCAGGGCAAACGCUCAGAUACUGCCCUCUACACACUUAUUGCCAGCAACAGCCUUGGCACAGUUUCCAAGGAAAUGAGGCUUAAUGUUCUAGGGCGUCCUGGGGCUCCUUCUGGACCUAUCAAAUUUGAGGAAAUUCAUGCUGAACAGAUAACACUGUCAUGGCUGCCUCCUAAGGAUGAUGGUGGCUCCAAAAUUACAAACUACACUAUUGAGAGACGUGUUGUCAACAGGAAGUCUUGGAUACCUGUCACUAGUGAACCCAAAGAGAGAAUAUUCACGGUCGACAAUCUAAUGCCAGGCCAUGAGUACAUUUUCAGGAUUAGGGCUCAAAACAAGUAUGGUGUUGGUGAGCCUCUUGAUAGUGAACCUGAAGUAGCCAGAGAUGUGUUCAUGCCACCUGGCCAAUGUGACAAGCCAACACUUUCCAGCAUCACAAUAGACUCCAUGACUGUGAAUUGGGAAGAGCCAGACUCAGAUGGAGGAACUCCAAUUACAGGCUACUGGCUUGAGCGUAAAGAAACCACAUCUAAACGCUGGAACAGAGUAACCCGUGAUCCAGUCAGGCCCAUGCCACUUGGUAUAUCACAUAGAGUCACAGGACUCAUUGAGGGAUCUCAGUAUUUAUUCCGGGUGAUAGCAAUAAAUGCAACAGGAUGUGGACCUCCAAGUGAGCCAUCUGAUCCAACAUUUGCUAGAGAUCCAAUAGCUCCUCCUUCGCCUCCAACCCCCAAAGUCACGGACUGGACUAAGACUACAGCAGACUUGGAAUGGAUUCCACCGUUGAAGGAUGGAGGUUCAAAGAUCAUGGGAUACCAUGUUGAAUACAAAGAGGAGGGCACAGAAGCAUGGGUCAAGGUAUAUUUAAGAUUUAAUAUUUAUGUGUACCCAAAUUCAUCUAUACCUAAAUAUUUUAAUUUCAGCAACAUACAUACAGUCUUCAUUCAUUACAAAAAAAUCUUCCUUCUGUUCCAGGCCAAAGACAAGGAGGUUAGAGGAACUAAAUUUGUGGUCUCUGGACUGAAAGAGAAUGCAUUUUAUAAGUUUAGAGUUUUGGCAUUCAAUGCAGCGGGUCUGAGUGAACCAGGUGAAGUUGCCGAUGCUCUUGAAAUGAAGGAACGUAUAAUUUUGCCAGUCCUUGAGCUAGACAUUUCAGUAAAGGAGAAGAUGGUUAUUCAUGCAGGAGGUGUUAUUCGUAUCAUUGCAUAUGUGUCAGGCCAACCUGCACCAGUGAUAACAUGGAGCAGGGAUGGGUUUCCAGUCCCAUCAGAAGCAGUUAUUGAAACCACAUCAAUCAGCUGCUCCAUGGUAAUUAAAGAUUGCAAUAGGGCACAACGAGGUGUUUAUACAAUAACAGCCAAGAAUGAGGGAGGAGAAGUGAAGAAGUCUGUUAUUGUUGAUGUUGUUGAUAUCCCUGGUCCAGUGGGGGCACCAUUUUCAGCAGAAAACCUCACAAUUGAUUCAUGCAAACUGAACUGGUUUUUCCCUGAUGAUGAUGGUGGAUCUGCCAUCUCCAACUACGUAAUUGAGAAACGCGAAGCUGAUCACAAGGCUUGGACUUCUUGCUCCUAUACAGCUGGCAGACAAAAUGCUAUAGUAAAUAAUCUGGUGCUUAAAAAGGCAUAUUUUUUCAGAGUUGCAGCCGAAAAUGCAAUUGGAGUAGGUCCUUUCUGCCAAACAUCAUGUGAAAUUGUGAUUAAAGAUCGUAUUAAUGUUCCAGACCGUCCAGAAGAGCUUGAGGUGACUGCCAUCACCAAAGACUAUAUCAGUGUGACUUGGAAGCCACCUAAGUAUGAUGGAGGGUCUGAAGUGACAUCCUACAUUAUUGAGGCUCGCAUGAUUGGCAAAGACAAGUUUGUCAGACUGACCAAAGAGACACUGAUGGAUAGGAAAUACACUUAUGAUGGUCUUCGUGAAGGCGACACAUAUGAAUUCCGUGUCAGUGCAGUGAAUGAAGUUGGCCCAGGCAAACCGUCCUUCUCCACUAAGCCAAUUACAUGUAAAGAUGAACUUGAGCCCCCUACAAUUGAGCUGGACUUCCGUGAUAAGGUUGUUGUUCGUGUUGGUGAAAGCUUUGCACUCCAGGGACGGUAUACUGGAAAACCAGCACCAUCUGUCACCUGGUCAAAAGAUGACAAGGAACUAAAAGCAGAUGACCACAUCAAGUUCAAAAACACUACUACCACAAUGUGCCUGGGUAUUAUUAAAGCUCAGCGUGGACACAGUGGAAAAUACUGUGUGACAGUUGAAAACUGUACUGGUGCUCGUAAAGGCAUUUGUAAUGUCACAGUUGCAGAUCGACCAUUGCCUCCAGAGGGUCCAGUUGUAUUUGAGGAAGUUCAUAGAAAUCAUAUGGUUAUCUCCUGGAAGCCCCCUCUUGAUGAUGGUGGAUGUGAAAUUUCUAACUAUAUAAUUGAGAAGAGAGAUGUAAACAGGGACAUGUGGACAACUGUAACAUCUGCCACCACAAAAACAUAUUGCAAAGUACCUAAACUUGUAGAAGGUCGUGAAUACAUCAUGAGAAUUAGUGCUGAGAACAUGUAUGGCAUAAGUGACCCACUGGAAUCAGAGGAGAUGAAAGCUAAAGAUCUAUUCAGGGUACCCGAAGCACCUGAGGCACCCACUGUCAAAGACGUCUUCCAUGAUUCAGCACUGGUAAUUUGGAACCGUCCUCGUGAUGGUGGGAAGCCCAUCACAAACUAUAUAUUGGAGAAGAAGGAACCCUCAGCUAAGAGAUGGUCUCGUGCAACCAGAGAUCCAAUCUACCCUGCUACACAGUAUAGGGUACCAGAACUCGUUGACGGCUGUGAAUAUGAAUUCCGUGUUAUGGCAGAGAAUGAAAUUGGCACUGGAGAUCCUAGCCUUCCCAGUAAACCUAUUCUUGCUAAGGAUCCCAUUGUUAAGCCAAGCCCGCCUGUUUUGCCUGAAGCUGUUGACAAGACUAAAGACUCUGUAAGUCUCUCAUGGCGUGUUCCUCGUCAUGAUGGUAAAGGAAAACUAUUUGGUUACUUGAUUGAGUAUCAGAAGCCCGGUGCAAUCGAAUGGAUCCAGGCAAAUGAGACUCCUGAAUCAUGCACAGACACCAAGUUUGUUGUGACAAAUCUACCAGAAGGUGGAGAGUUUCUGUUCAGAAUUAUGGCUGUGAAUGCAGCUGGAAAAUCUGAGCCUGCUUAUGUCAAGGAACCAGUGAAGGUUCAUGACAGACUUGAGGAGCCAGAGUUGCUGUUAGAUGCCAAUAUGGCACGUGACCACCUUGCCAUGGUUGGGACAGACAUCACACUUAGUGCCAAAUUUAAGGGGAUGCCAAUUCCCACUGUCUCCUGGAAAAAGAAUGAUGGUGAAGUUCCAGCUCAUUGUCUUAUUGAGGUCACAGCAAGUGGAAGCAAACUUCACAUUAAGAAGUGUACUCGUGCUGAUUGUGGCAAUUAUACCAUCACUGUCCAAAAUGCAGCUGGAACGAAAUCUGCUACAUGCACUGUUCUUACUCUUGAUAAACCUGGACCACCAAGGAAUUUUAAAAUCUCUGAAGUCACAAGUGAGUCAGCUUAUCUAACAUGGCAAAAGCCAGAUGAUGAUGGUGGUGCCGUGAUCUCCCACUACGUUGUACAUAAAAAAGAUGUAGCAGCUGAAAACUGGGUUCCAGUUUGUGCAUCAUCUAAAAAGCUUAGCCUUAUGGCUUUAUAUCUGAUGGAGGGAAUUCAGUACCUCUUCAGAGUUGCAGCUGAGAAUCAGUUUGGCAGGAGUGCAUUUGUUGAAACCACCAAGCCCAUCAAGGCAGUUGAUCCACUUUAUCCGCCUGGUCCACCCAAGAAUCUGCAUCAUGUGGAUGCAGACAAAACAGAAGUAUGGCUUCAAUGGGAGUGGCCUGAACGCACAGGUGGUAGUGAGAUCACCGGAUUCAUUGUUGAGCAUCAAGAAGAAGGUUCAACUGACUGGGUGAACUUCAAGACUGUCAGCAACCCUCAGUGCCAUGUUACUGGACUUGUGGAGGGCAAAACAUACAGAUUCCGUGUAAAAUCACAAAAUGCAAUUGGCAUUAGCCGACCAGACACCAGUGUGCCAAUUACUUGCCAGGAAAAAACAUUGGCUCCAACUAUUGAAGUUGAUGUGAAGCUUAUUGAGGGUCUUGUUGUGAAAGCUGGCAGUACAAUAGUCCUCCCAGCGGUUAUGCAAGGAAUUCCUACUCCAACAGCCAAGUGGCAAAGUGAAGGAAAUGAGCUUAAAACUGAGGGCAAAUUUAAGAUCGUUACUGAAGGAAAUUCAACUGUCUUGACGAUUAGUGAAUGUGUCAGAACUGACAGCGGAGAGUAUGGUCUUACUGUGGCAAACCCUGCUGGGAGCAAGUCUGUUGCUCUACAUGUUACAGUCCUUGAUGUUCCAUCUGCUCCAGUUGGUCCUGUAAAUAUCCUUGAGGUAACCCCUGAUCAUAUGGUAAUCCAGUGGCGUGCACCAAAAGAUGAUGGUGGCACACCUUUGAUGAACUAUAUUGUAGAGAAGAAGGAUGUCAAGAAGCCCUGGGAGCCGUGGUCAGUUGUGAGUUCUGGAAGCACAAGUACAAAGGCCAAAGUCCCACGUUUGGAAAAGGGACGUGAAUAUAUUGUACGUGUACGUGCUGAGAAUAAAAUUGGCAUUGGUGCUGGCCUAGAAAGUCCUCCCACUAUUGCCAAGCAUAUGUUUAAUCCACCAGGUCCUCCUGGCCAACCAAUAUGUUCUGACAUAACAGAAAACGCGGUAACAGUGUCAUGGACUGAACCAGAAACUGAUGGUGGAAGUCCUGUGAGUGGCUACAUUGUUGAGCGCAGGGAGAUGACUGGUAAAUGGAUUCGUGUCAAUAAAACACCAGUCUUGGAUAUAAGAUACAGGGUCUGUGGUUUGUUUGAGGGCAAUAGCUAUGAAUUUAGAAUAUUUGCUGAAAAUGUUGCUGGUGUGAGUGAGCCUUCAUAUCCAUCAGACCCAAUGAAAGCUAAACGUCCAGUUACUCCUCCGGGUCCUCCAAGUAACAUUAAGCUUAAGGACUGGAGCAAGUCAUAUGCAGAUUUGGUAUGGACCAAACCUUCCAGAGACGGUGGCAGCCCCAUCCUAGGCUAUGUUGUUGAAUGCCAGAAAUCAGGUUCUGCAAAGUGGGAUAGAAUAAACAAGGAUCUAAUCAAGUUUUGUGCAUUUAGAGUGCCUGGACUUAGUGAAGGCACAGAGUACAGAUUUCGUAUUAGAGCCUCAAACAAGGUUGGAGAUGGUGAGCCAAGAGAACUCACAGAAACUGUGCUUGCCAAAGACAUUCUUGUUCCCCCUGACGUAACUGUUGAUGUUGCUUGCCGUGACCUCAUAACAGUUAGAGCAGGGCAAAUCAUCAACCUUGUAACCCGUGUUAAGGGCAGACCUGACCCUGAAAUCACUUGGACUAAAGAUGCAAGAGCUUUAGGAAGAGAUAAACGCACUGAGAUGAACAAUAACUUCCCUCUUGUUGAGCUGGUAAUUCAGGAAGCUGUUAGAGCUGACUAUGGAAAAUAUGCAAUUCAAGCAAAGAAUAGCAGUGGUCAAGCACAAGCUACAAUUAUUGUCAAUGUACUUGAUAUUCCAGGAGCCUGUCAAAAUUUGAAGGUUGCUUAUGUGACUAAAGACUCGUGUAUGGUUUCCUGGGAAAAUCCAGAGGAUAACGGUGGCACUGAAAUUACUAAUUACAUAAUUGAGUGCAGACAACCAAGUCAAAGAGGAUGGACAGUUGUUUCUUCUGACUGCACCAAACGACUUUUAAAAGCUCCACUUGUUGAGAAUUGUGAAUAUUUCUUCCGUGUGAGUGCAGAGAAUAAAAUUGGAGCUGGUCCACCAACAGAAACAAAAGCACCAAUCCUUGCUGUUGAUCCAGUUGAGAAACCUGGUGAGCCAGAAAACUUCCAAAUCGCUGAAAUCGGCAAGACAUUUGUCUUUCUUAAGUGGAAGAAACCAGAAUACGAUGGUGGUAGUCGUAACCUUGCUUACCAUAUUGAGAAGAAGCCUAAAGAGGCAGAUGAUUGGGAACGAUUACACAAAGGUGCUAUAAAGGAAACCUAUUUCAUGGCUGACAGAUGCAUUGAGAACCAAAUUUAUCAAUUUAGAGUUCAAACAAAGAAUGAGGGAGGAGAGAGUAACUGGGUGACAACAGCUGAAGUUCUUGUAAAGGAGGAACUUUUACAGCCAGAACUCAAAGUCAAAUUGGUGGGUGUUCUUGUUGUUAAAGCUGGAGAUGCUGUUCCAAUUGAGGCAGAGCUUAUAGGUAAACCACAGCCUGAUGUAAAAUGGUCUAAAGAAGGUAACACUGCAGAUAUCACCAAAAGCCCAAGGGUACAAGUUGAAACUGGCACUAACUUCACAAAAUUCCUGCUCACAAAUUCAAGACGUGGGGAUACUGGAAAAUACAUAAUUACUGCAACAAAUACUGCUGGAACCUGCUCUGCUGAGGCCAAGGUGAAUGUUCUUGACAGACCAGGUCCUAUUAGAGACCUGAAAGUGUCAGACAUUUCUGUGGACAGAUGUAAGCUUACAUGGGAGAUCCCAGAAGAUGAUGGUGGUUGUGAGAUUUAUAACUAUAUCAUAGAAAAAUGUGAGACAAAGAGAGGGGUAUGGUCAAUUCAUUCAGCAGCCAUUAUUACCAAUUCAGCUAAAGUUACUCGCCUUAUCGAAGGAAAUGAAUACAUCUUCCGAGUGAGAGCUGAGAACAAGAUGGGUGCUGGCCCAGCUGUUGAGACUGAGUCCAUUGUUGCAAGAACCCAGUUCAGCAGACCAGGUCCACCUGAUGCUCCAGAAGUUACCAAAAUUACAAAAGAUGAAAUGGUUGUUAUGUGGUGUUCUCCUGAUAAUGAUGGCGGAAAACCUAUAACUGGUUAUAUUCUUGAGAAAAAAGAAGAGCAUGCCAUUCGGUGGGCCCCUGUUGUGAAGUCCCCAAUUGCCGGGACACAGAUGACUGUUACAGGUUUACUGCCUAAUCAUGAAUACCAGUUCCGUGUCAGGGCUGAAAAUGAAAUUGGAGUUGGAGAUGCAAGCAAGCCAUCCAGAUCACUCACUGCAAAAGAUCCAGUUGAACCUCCUGGUCCUGUUAGUAACUUAAAGGUGGCUGACAGCUCAAGGACAUCAAUUACUCUUGCAUGGACAAAGCCUACAUAUGAUGGAGGUGCUCCUCUUAUUGGAUACGUUGUUGAGCUAAGAGUCAAGGGAACAGGCAAGAAGGGAGAUGAAGGCUGGAAAAGGUGCAAUGUUGCUGCCCAGUUGAUCGGAACAGAAUUCUCUGUCUCAAGCCUGGAUGAGAAGCUUGAAUAUGAAUUCCGUGUUUCUGCACAAAAUCAGGUUGGCUUGAGUCAGCCAACUAAUCUUGGGGAAGCUGUGACACCAAGAGAAGUCUUGGAGGCCCCUGAGAUAGAUUUGGAUGCAGAACUGAAGAAGGGUGUUACUGUUAGAGCUGGCUGCCCAAUUAGAUUAGUUGCCACAAUCAGAGGCAGACCCGCUCCCAAGGUUUUAUGGAGGAGAAUGGGAAAAGAUAAUGUUGUUCAGAAGGGCCAUGUUGAUCUCAUUGACACUAUGACAUUCCUUGUUAUCUCUGAAUCUACUCGUGAUGAUUCAGGAAAAUAUUCAUUGACUGUAUCCAGUGCAGCUGGAGAGAAGGCAGUGUUUGUGAAUGUCAAAGUACUUGAUACACCUGGACCUGUUGUUGGACUUGAGGUUGCUGACAUCACAAUGUCAUCUUGCAACCUCACAUGGUCUCCACCUGAAAGUGAUGGUGGCAGUGACAUCACUCAUUACAUUGUGGAAAAACGAGAAAUUGAUCGCAAGACUUGGGGAACAGUGAAGGCUAAUGUUGAUAACACCACAUUUAAAGUUACCAAUCUCGUCCCUGGAACAGAGUAUUACUUCAGGGUCAUUGCUGUAAAUGAGUAUGGUCCUGGGGUCCCAAGGGUUACAGCAAAAUCCUAUCUGGCCUCUGAUCCUAUCAGCAAGCCUGACCCACCACAAAAGGUUGAUGUUCUGGAGAUUACUAAGAACAGUGCAACUGUGGGAUGGGUGAAACCAAUGCGUGAUGGUGGGGCUAAAAUUGAUGGCUACAUUAUUGAAUAUCUUGAGCUUCCAAUGCCUAAACCUCCCAAGAUACCAGUAGUGGCUGAAGGUGAGGUUGAGCCUGGUGUAGAGCCGGUGGCUCCGCCCCCACCUGAACCUGUGGUGGAGGAAGAGAAGGAGGAGAAAAAGGAGGAAUGGACGCCGUACACAGUUGUAAAAGAUUUAAGCAUCUCUGUUGCUGGAUUAAAGGAGGGAAGAAAAUAUCGCUUCAGAGUGGCAGCAAAAAAUGCCAUGGGAUCCAGUCUUCCCACAGAGACCAGAGAAGCUUAUGAGAUCAAAGAGCAGAUGCUGGAGCCCAAAAUCAUCAUGCCUGAGCUUGUCACUGCAAAGGCAGGAGCAAAACUGAGGGUUGAGGCUCUUGUAUCUGGAAAGCCAGCACCAUCAUGCCAAUGGAAACGAGGAGAAAAUAAUAUAGUCCCAUCAAGCCGUCUUGCGGUGCACAAAUCUCAAAACAUGUGUGUGCUCAUCAUUAAGGAUGUUUCACGACAAGACAGUGGUGAUUACAGCCUUGUUGCUGAGAACAACACUGGAAAAGUUGACCAGACUUUGAAAAUCAUUAUCAGAGAUAUUCCUGGACCACCUGAGCCACCAUUUGAGAUCAGUGACAUAGAUUCUGAUGCUUGCACACUUUCUUGGAACAAACCAAUUGAAGAUGGUGGUAGCAAUAUCACCAAUUAUGUGGUUGAAAAGUGUGAUGUAAGCAGAGGUGACUGGGUUACUGCUCUUUCCAGUUGUGGCAAAGCUGGCUGCAGAAUCGGAAAGCUUAUUCCUGGAAAGGAAUAUAUUUUCCGUGUUCGUGCUGAGAACAGAUUUGGUAUUUCAGACCCCCUGUCAUCUGAAAGGAUGGUUGCUAAGUUCCCCUUCAAUGUUCCUGGCGAACCUUUGAACUGCCGCAUCAACAAGGUGAACAAGGACUGCAUGUUUGUGGCAUGGGAUAAGCCUGAUUCUGAUGGUGGCAGUCCAGUUACUGGAUACUACAUUGAACGCAAAGAGAGGAACAGUCUCCUUUGGGUUAAGGCUAAUGAUUCUGUUGUUCGCACAACUGAAUAUCCUUGUGCUGGCCUAAUUGAGGGUCUGGAAUACACUUUCAGAGUGUCUGCUAUAAACCGAGCUGGUCAGGGCAAACCAAGCAAGAAAACAGAGUUUAUCACAGCAAGAACACCUGUUGAUGCUCCUGGAAAACCAGAGGUGCUUGACGUGACAAAGAACUCAGUUACAUUGGUUUGGACAAAACCAAAGAAUGAUGGUGGAAGCAAAAUAAUUGGAUACUAUGUUGAAGCAAUGAGGCUUCCAGGAGACACCUGGGUGCGGUGCAAUACAAGUAGUCAAAAUGUGCCUCGUGAGGAGUACACUGCAACUGGGUUAGAAGAGGGUGCUAAGUACCAGUUUAGGGUAAUUGCCAAGACAGCAGUUAACAUUAGCAGGCCGUCUGAAAUCACUGACCCGAUUCUGGUGUCUGCAGAAAAUGUACCACCAAGAAUAGAGCUUUCAAUACAGAUGAAAAAAAUGUUGCCAGUAAAGGCUGGAUCAGAUGUUUGCCUUGAAGCUGAAGUUUUUGGCAAACCAAUGCCCAAGGUUACAUGGAGCAAGAAUGGAGAAGUGUUGAAAGCUGACAAAGAAUUCAAGAUGUCACAAAAGAGACAUCUCUUUUCUCUGAGCCUUGAUGCAGUUACUAAACUUCAUGCAGGAAGUUAUGGAAUUCUUGCAGUAAAUGCAAGUGGUUCUACAACUGCAGAAAUAAAACUCAAUGUUUUAGAUAUACCUGGCCCACCAGCCUCUAUGAAGUUUGAUGAGGUACUUUCAGAACAGAUCAGGUUGAGCUGGGAGGCUCCACUUGCAGAUGGAGGUUCUCCAAUUACAAAUUAUGUUGUUGAUAAACGUGAGACAAGCAGGGCUAACUGGGCCCAAGUUUCUGCCAAAAUCAGUGGUGAUACAAAAGAAUGUUUAGUGGAGAGACUGAUUGAGGGGCACGAAUAUCAGUUCCGCAUUCGUGCCGAGAAUCGCUAUGGUACUGGUGACGGCAUCAUAUCGGAUCCUGUUGUUGCAAGAAAUCCAUUCACUGUUCCUGGAGCAUGUGACCCACCGGUCCUUACAAACAUCACAAAGGAGCGUAUGACUGUAAGCUGGAAGGAACCAUCUGAUGAUGGAAAAUCCCCUAUCCUUGGAUACAUAGUUGAGAAACGUGAGACCAAGGAAAUUAACUGGACUAAACUGAACAGAAAACCCUUGCUGGAGAGAACACUUGAGGUUGGAGAUCUCUCUGAGGGAGCGCAGUAUGAGUUUAGAGUCAUUGCUGUUAAUAAAGCUGGCCUUGGCAAACCUAGUGAACCAUCUAAUGCCACCUCUGCUCUAGAUCCUUUGUAUCCUCCAGGCCCACCCAUUUCUCCCAAAGUUAUAGACACCACCAGCAGCACAAUUAGACUAACUUGGACUAAGCCUGCAAAUGAUGGUGGUACUGAAAUUUUGGGAUACCUUGUCGAAUGCAAGAGAACUAAUACAACAGACUGGAUAAGAUGCAACGUACCCAAGAACCUGCAGGAUACAAAUUAUGUUGUGACUGGACUCUUGCAGAACUCGGAGUACCAACUUCGUGUUACUGCUGUAAAUAAAGUUGGAUUCAGCCAGCCUUGUGAAGUUCCUGAAAAACAUGUUGCCAAGGAUGUUUUUGCUGCUCCUGAGGCUGAGCUUGAUGCUGAGCUGAAGGACACUGUGGUGCUCACGGCUGGCAGUAAAAUGAAACUUCAUGCCAUAAUUAAGGGUCGACCAGUCCCCAGGGUGACCUGGGCCAAGAUGAACACCAACAUUAAAGACAGACAUGGAAUCAUAAUCAAGACAACAGACACCGAUACAUUGGUUUAUGUUGAUAAAGUCAAUAGAUAUGAUGCAGGCAAAUACAUUCUGAAUCUUGACAGUGUAAGCGGAAUGAAGAUGUACACCAUUAUUGUCAAGGUCCUUGAUACUCCUGGACCUCCACUGAAUCUGAUGAUAAAAGAGACAUCAAAGGACAGUGCCUCCAUCCUAUGGGAUGCACCUCUAAUUGAUGGUGGAAGUGAGAUUACAGGUUACAUUGUUGACAAAAGAGAUGCAGAAAGGAAAGCAUGGUCGAAUGUUUCAAGCACUUGCACUAAAACAUAUUUCAAGAUUGAUGGUUUAGAAGCUGGAAGAUCUUAUUGUUUCAGGGUUCUGGCUCAAAAUAAGUAUGGCACUGGUGAGCCAUGUGAAACUGUGGAUGCUGUUAGAGCUUCUGAACAACCUGGACCAGUUAUGGACUUCAAGACCUUACUGGUAACCAAGGACUCUUGUACACUUUCCUGGAAAAAGCCCAUCAGUGACGGAGGAAGCCGCAUCAUAGCUUAUGUGCUAGAGGUCCUUAAUGGCGAAGACAAAUGGAAGGAGCUUCUUAGAUCAAAGAACAUGCAAUAUAGUGCAAAGGACGUUAUUGAAGGAAGGGAAUACAAAUACAGAGUUAAAGCAACAAAUGAUUCUGGAGAUGGUCCUGUGAAAGAACUAUCUGUGAUUGCUAAAGAUGUCAAUGUUUCUCCAAGCUGUGACUUGCGAGAGUUGCCCAACUUGAACUAUAUCGCAAAAGAAGGAAGCAAUGUUCGUCUCAAGAUUCCUAUUAGUGGAAAGCCUGUCCCUGUUGUCACAUGGAAGAAGGGAGAGGAUGAAAAUCUCACAGACACAGGAAGAGUGUGUGUAGAAUCAACGGCAGUAAACACAACUCUUAUGAUACGUGACUGCCAAAGGACAGAUGCCUCAAAAUACACAAUCACUCUUCGCAAUGCUGCUGGAACAAAAGAGUCCACAAUUUUUGUCAGAGUUGUUGGCAAGCCUGGAAUUCCAGCUGCACCAGUAAAGUUCAAGGAAGUGACUGCAGAUGGUGCAACCUUAAAAUGGGGUGUUCCUAAAGAUGAUGGUGGAUCAGAAAUUACCAACUACAUUCUUGAGAAACGUGAUUCGAUUACUAACAUGUGGGUUACUGUGUCUUCAUCUGUGGACACAAACAGUUUCAGAGUGACUGGUCUCCAUGAGGGAACUGAGUACAUCUUUAGGAUUAGUGCAGAAAACAAAUAUGGAAUUGGUGAGGGCCUCAAAUCAGAGCCUAUGGUUGCCAAGCAUCCAUUCAAUGUUCCAGAUUCACCUCCACCCCCUCAAGUCAUGAGUAUGUGUCAUGAUUCAGCAACACUUGCAUGGUUUGAUCCAAGGAAAACCGGAGGCUCACCAAUCACAGGUUAUCAUGUUGAAUUCAAAGAAAGAAACAGCAUGUUAUGGAAAAGAGCGAACCCAACUGCUUUGAAGAUGAGAGAUUUCAAAGUGACAGGCUUAACUGAGGGUCUAGAAUAUGAGUUCAGAGUUAUGGCUAUUAAUCUGGCUGGUGUUGGUAGACCAAGUCCUGCCACUGAGCCAAUGGUUGCCUUGGAUUCAAUUGAUGCACCUGGCAAACCUGAUGUGAUUAGCAUCACUAGAAGCACUGUUACACUUCAGUGGACUGAGCCUCAAUAUGAUGGUGGACACAGGCUUACAGGCUACAUUGUUGAGAGACGUGAUCUCCCAGCUAAGGUCUGGGUAAAGGCUAAUAUAAUAAAUGUUGUGGACUGUGCAUAUACUGCAGCAGACUUGCAGGAGGGUUGCAAGUAUGAAUUUAGAAUCCGGGCAAAGAAUGCAGCGGGAGCAAUAAGUCCACCCUCCGAACAAACUGAUACCCUGGUGUGCAUGGAUGAAUAUGCGGCACCAACCAUUAUAAUUGAUCCAACAGUCAAGGAGGGGCUAACUGUCAAAGCUGGAGAUACUAUUGUAAUUACUGCAACAAGCAUUCUGGGCAAACCUCAGCCAACCUCUGUGUGGUCAAAGGGUGGAAAGUAUUUCAAGCCAUCAGAUGUAUGCCAAAUAGAAACUAUGCCUUCUUCUUCUACUCUUUCUAUCAAAUAUGCAAGUAGGAAGGAUUCAGGAGAGUAUACAAUUACAGCAAGUAACCCAUUUGGUGUGAAAGAAGAAAAUGUGAAAGUAACAAUUUUAGAUGUUCCUGGUCCUCCAGGGCCAGUUGAAGCAAGUGGAAUUUCAUCUGAAAAGGUCACUUUGACAUGGACACCACCUCAUGAGGAUGGAGGAUCUACGAUUAAAUACUAUACUUUGGAGAAAAGAGAAACAAGCCGUCUCCUUUGGACCAUUCUUGCUGAAAAGGUUAUUGACUGCCACUUUGUUGCCAAUAAGCUUAUCCAGGGAAAUGAGUACAUCUUCAGAGUUUCUGCUGUCAACAGUUCUGGAACUGGAGAUGCUUCCCAUUCUGAACCAGUGAAAAUGGUGGAUAGCUAUGGUCCCCCUGGUCCGCCAGCUAAACCAGAAGUUGAAAAUGUUGGAGGAAAUUCUGUUACCAUUGCUUGGAAAAGACCAGUUGAUGAUGGUGGAAGUGAUAUAAUGGGCUACAUGGUUGAAAGGAAAGAAAAGAAGGGCAUGAGAUGGGCCCGAGCAUCAAAGAAAACAAUUGCUGAACUCCACUUUGAAGUCAAAGGGCUAAAAGAGGGCGUUGAAUAUGAAUUCAGAGUAACUGCUGAGAAUAAAUCUGGUUUCGGUGAGCCAAGUGAACCUUCAAUGCCAGUGAGGACAAAGCUUGUUGCUGAUGUACCUAGUCCUCCAGUCAACCCAAGGGUCACUGACACAACAAAAACCACAGCUGAAUUGCACUGGGGCAAACCACUUACUGAUGGUGGCAUGGAAGUCAAAGGAUACCUUGUUGAGCACAAAAAGGAGGGAGAAGAAGAAUGGGUGAAAGAUACUGCUACGCCUUUGAGGAUCACUGAGUUUGUUGUCCCCAAUUUGCAAGCUGGAACAAAGUAUCAUUUCAGAAUUUGUGCAAUGAAUGCAAUGGGUGUUAGUGAACCAGCACAAAUAAAGGAUCUUGUAGAAAUUGUGGAACAUGAAGAAAUCCCUGAUUUAGAACUAGAUGUAGAACUCAGAAGAACGUUAGUUGUUAGGGCAGGUGUCUCUAUUCGUAUAUUUAUUCCUAUUAAAGGACGCCCAACCCCUACAGUGACUUGGACAAAAGAAGACUCACCAUUGAAAACUCGUGCAAUCAUCGACAGUACUGAAUCCUAUACCCUGUUGGUCAUUCCCGACUGUAAUAGACGUGAUGCAGGGAAAUAUGAUUUAACAUUAGAGAAUGCUGCUGGAAAGAAGACUGCUUCUGUGGUUGUAAGGGUUUUGGACUCCCCUGGUCCUCCUCUCAAUCUGAAACCCAAAGCAAUUGACAAAGAGAUUAUCACAUUGGAAUGGGAAAUGCCUCUUAUUGAUGGAGGUGCUAAAAUAACUAAUUACAUCAUUGAGAAGAGAGAGUCUACUCGCAAGGCAUACACUGCUGUAAUCACAAAAUGUGAUACAUGCUCCGUCAGAGUUCCUGAUCUGGCAGAAGGUUUGGAAUAUUAUUUCAGGGUUUCUGCUGAAAAUGAGUAUGGCAUUGGUGAAGCAGUUGAAACCCCUGACCCAAUCAGAGUAUCUCAAGCACCAGCUCCACCAGAAAAUGUCACUUUUACUGAUGUCACAAAGAACUCAGUUAGUCUUGCAUGGACUAAACCAAAACAUGAUGGUGGAAGUAGGGUUACUGGGUAUGUAAUUGAAGCACAAAAGAAAGGAACAGACCAGUGGGCCCAUGUGACAACUGUGAAAACGUUGGACUUUACUGUAAAAAAUCUUAACGAAAAUGAAGAGUACAUAUUCCGUGUAAUGGCAGUAAACAGUUCAGGGCGAAGUCUUCCUCGUGUAAGCAAGCUUGUAGUUAUCAAAGAACAAAGUUCAGAACCAGAAUUUGAUCUCCGUGGUGUGUGUCAGAAGACAGUUAUUGCCAAGGCUGGCGAUGAUAUAAAGGUUGAGGUUCCCGUUUCUGGACGUCCUAAGCCUACAGUUUCUUGGCAGAAAGACAAUCAAGCCCUCAAAUUAACACAAAGGACAAUGAUUGAAAAUACUUCUACCUCAACUAUCUUGAUCAUAAAUGAAUGUUUAAGAAGUGACAGUGGAAAAUACUCAAUGACAGGAAAGAACAUUGUUGGCUCGGUUACUGAUAGCAUCACAGUAAAAGUGCAUGAUGUGCCUGGACCACCAAAGGGACCAAUUAAACUGGACAAAAUAUCUCGUACUUUUAUUGAGUUCUCAUGGGAAGCUCCUGAAAAUGAUGGCGGUGUACCAAUCAAUAACUAUAUUGUAGAAAUAAGGGAAACUACUAGCCAGACAUGGGUAGAACUGUCCUCAAUGAUUAUUCGUACAACAUUUAAAGCAACCCGUUUAACAACAGGAACUGAAUAUCAAUUCCGCGUCAAGGCUAAAAACAGAUAUGGAACAGGGCCACCAUUAACAUCAGAAGCAGUGGUUGCUGCAUAUCCAUUUAAGGUACCUGGGCCACCUGGAACACCCAAAGUCGUCACUUUCACCAAAGAUACAAUGACAAUUGGUUGGAAUGAGCCUGUUUCUGAUGGUGGAAGCGAGGUCAUUGGUUACCAUGUUGAAAGGAAAGAGAGGAGCAGUAUUGUCUGGCACAGAAUCAGCAAGGCACUUGUGAUCGGAAAUCUGUUCAAAUCCACCGGACUAGAGGAUGGUGUGGCAUAUGAGUUCCGUGUGAUUGCUGAAAACAUAGCUGGAAUUGGAAAACCAAGCAAAGCUUCUGAACCAAUGCUUGCUCUUGAUCCAGUAGAUCCACCUGGUCAACCUGUCCCAAUCAAUGUGUCCAAAAAUGCCAUCACUAUUCAGUGGACAAAGCCAGAGUAUGAUGGUGGAUUUAAGAUUACUGGCUAUACUGUGGAAAAGAGAGAUCUUCCAGCUGGACGCUGGAUAAGAGCUAACUUUACAAAUAUCAUUGAAACCACUUUCACUAUAAGCGGUCUAACACAAAAUGAAUCUUAUGAAUUCCGUGUACUUGCAAGAAAUUCAGCUGGUGCGGUUAGUAACCCAUCAGAUCCAUCAGAUCCAAUUAUUUGCAAAGAUGACAUUGAAGAACCAAGGAUUAUGGUUGAUGCUAAAUUUAAAGAUAUUGUCCUUGUCAAAGCUGGAGAGGUGUUCAAACUUGAAGCUGAUGUUGCAGGCCAGCCAUUACCAUCCAUGGUUUGGUCGAAAGAUGGAAAAGAUGUUGAAAACACAUCCAAACUACAGAUCAAGAUGACAGAACUUACAGCAGUUUUGAUCAACAAGGAUUCUGUCAGAAGGGAUGGUGGUGAAUUUAUUUUGACAGCAACAAAUGUUGGUGGCUUUGCUAAGCAUGUUUUCAAUGUAAAGGUUCUUGAUAGACCAGGACCACCUAAGGGACCUCUGGCAGUUUCUGAUAUUACAGCUGAAAAAUGUGUGCUAACAUGGAAUCCACCUGCAGAUGAUGGAGGUGCAGACAUCGAACAUUAUGUUAUUGAAAAACGUGAGUCAAGCAGGCUUGCUUGGACAAAUGUGGCAUCUGAAUUGCAGGUUAAUCAGUGCCAAGUGAUAAAGUUGCUCAAAGGAAACGAAUACAUUUUCAGAGUUAUGGCUGUUAACAAGUAUGGUGUUGGAGAACCUCUUGAGUCUGAAGCAAUAAUUGCAGAUAAUCCAUAUGUACGACCAGAUCCUCCACAAACACCUGAGAUAACAGCGGUCACCAAGGAUUCAGUAGUCAUCUGUUGGGGUGCACCUGCUAGCAAUGGUGGAAGUGAAAUCACCAACUAUCGUAUUGAGAAAAGAGACAGGAUUAGUUUGCGUUGGGUAAAAUGCAACAAGAGGAAUGUUACUGACUUACAUUUCAAGGUUGCUGCUCUUGUUCCAGGCCAUGAAUAUGAGUUCAGAGUUUUUGCUGAAAAUGCGGCAGGAAUAAGUGAACCAAGUCCUUCUUCACCAUUUGUCAAGGCUACAGAUACUCUUUUCAAACCAGGUCCCCCUGGCAACCCAAGAAUCCUGGACACAACAAAUUCUUCAAUCACGCUUGCAUGGAACAAACCAGUUUAUGAUGGUGGUUCUGAAAUUACUGGCUAUAUUCUUGAAACCUGUCUCCCUGGAACUGAAGAAGAAUGGACAAUUGUCUCCCCUAAAGAGGGUGUAAAGGGAACAUCAUUUACAAUUACAAAUCUUAAGGAAAAUCAGGAAUACAAAAUUAAUGUGUCAGCUGUAAAUUGCGAGGGUAUUGGAGAAGCAGCACCUGUACCAGGUUCACCUAAAGCAGAGGAAAGACUCAUACCACCAGAGGCUGACCUUGAUGCUGAACUUCGUAAGAUUGUGAACAUCAGAGCAUGCAAUACACUAAGACUUUUUGUGCCAAUUAGAGGAAGACCAACACCAGAGACCAAAUGGUCAAGAGAGAAUGAUGAACCUUUAGACAGAGCUACAAUUGAGACAACAUCAUCUUUUACAUCACUGGUUAUUGCCAAUGUGAAUAGAUUUGACAGUGGCAAAUACAAUUUGACUGUAGAAAACAGCUCUGGAACAAAGACAGUCUCUGUAAUAGUUAGAGUUUUAGAUACACCUGCAGCACCACAAAACCUAAAAAUCAGCCAGGUCACUAAAGAAAGUGUUUCACUCAUAUGGGAUCCUCCACUUAAUGAUGGUGGCACAAAAAUUAAGAAUUAUAUUGUUGAGAAGCGUGAGGCUACAAGAAAGGCAUAUGCUACAGUAAAUGCCAAUUGUCACAAAACUACUUACACAGUUGACCAGCUCCAAGAAGGAUGCAACUACUAUUUCAGAGUUCUGGCAGAAAAUGAAUAUGGCAUUGGUCUCCCUAUGGAGACUGGUGAAUCUGUUAAAGUGUCUGAAAAGCCACUUCCCCCUGGCAAGAUUAUACUUCAAGAUGUCACAAAGACAAGUGUGACAUUAUCAUGGGAAAAGCCUGAACAUGAUGGAGGAAGCAGAGUGGUGGCAUAUGUUGUAGAGAUGCAGAGCAAAGGGAGUGAAAAAUGGACACAAGCUGUGAUUGUCAAGGUACCUGAAGCAGUUAUUACUGGGCUUGUACCUGGUGAAGAGUAUAUGUUCCGUGUUUCUGCAAGGAAUGAAAAAGGAACCAGUGAUCCUCGUCAAAUUGGUGUGCCUGUGAUUGCCAAAGACCUUGUAAUUGCUCCAUCUGCUAAGAUGUUGUUCUCCACAUUCAGCGUCCUGGCAGGAGAAGAUUUGACAAUUGAUAUUCCUUAUAAUGCUCGUCCCAAAGCUACCAUUUCAUGGCUAAAGGAAGCAGUUCCACUUAAACGAACAACCAGAGUUAACUUUUCAUCUACGGAUACACAGCUGCAUUUAGUAAUCAAAGAGGCCUGUAGAGAUGAUGUUGGCCAGUAUAGUAUUAAACUAUCAAAUACAGCUGGUGAGACAAAAGCAGACAUUAGAAUUGUUGUUCUUGACAAACCUGGUCCACCAACAGGCCCUGUUAACAUUGAUGAAGUAACAUCUGACAGUGUUACCAUUUCUUGGAAGCCACCAGAGUAUGACGGGGGCUGCACUAUUAAUAACUAUAUAGUAGAAAAGAGGGACACAUCCACAACUAAUUGGCAGAUUGUAGCAGCAAAUCUAGCAAGAACUAAAAUUAAGGCAGGAAGACUAAAAACAGGCUCUGAAUAUCAAUUCAGAAUUGCAGCAGAGAACAGAUAUGGCAAAAGCCCUCUGCUUGUGUCUGAGUGUGUAGUUGCACAGUACCCGUACAAAUUACCAGGCCCUCCUGGAACACCUUUCUUGCAGUCUUCCACAAAAGAUAGUAUGGUGAUAGUGUGGAAUGAACCUGUCAUUGAUGGUGGAAGUACAAUCUUAGGGUAUCACCUUGAGCGAAAAGAGAGAAAUAGCAUUCUUUGGAUGAAAUUAAACAAAAGUAUAAUCCAGGACACAACAUUCAAGACAACAGGACUUGAAGAAGGCAUGGAAUAUGAAUUCAGAGUUUAUGCUGAAAACAUUGUUGGCAUUGGAAAGGCUAGUAAGAUCUCAGAGGGCUAUACUGCCAGAGAUCCUUGUGAUCCUCCUGGAACACCAGAAGCAGUUAGAAUCACAAAGAAUUAUAUUAAAAUUGCAUGGACCAAGCCAGAGUAUGAUGGCGGAAGCAAAAUCACUGGAUAUAUUGUAGAAAAGAAGGAACUGCCUGCGGGACGCUGGAUGAAAGCAAAUUUCACCAAUAUAAUAGAGACUGAGUAUACUGCAACAGGUCUUACUGAGGAUGAGAAAUAUGAGUUCCGUGUCAUUGCAAGAAAUGCUGCUGGAGUUUUUAGUGAUCCAUCAUAUAGUACUGGACCUAUCAUGGCAAAGGAUGAGAUUGAACCACCACGUAUCAGUAUAGAUCCAGAGUACACUCAAACAAUUGUUGUAAAUUCAGGGGACAACUUCAAGAUUGAUGCAGAUAUUCAUGGAAAACCAACACCAUCAAUCUGUUGGAUGAAGGGUGAGCAGGAACUUGGAAACACCAUAUCUCGUGAAAUUAAAAGCACAGAAAGCUAUACCUGUUUGACUGUAAAGGAGGCCAAACUUGCUGAUGGAGGUCAAUAUACUCUACUGCUGCAAAAUCCAGGAGGAGAGAAGACUGUACAAGUCAAUAUCUGUGUCCUUGAUAAGCCUGGGCCACCAGAGGGACCCAUCUAUAUUACAGGUGUAACUAGUGAACAAUGCUGCCUUUCUUGGAAACCACCUAAACAAGAUGGUGGCAGCGAGAUCACUCAUUAUAUUGUUGAAAAAAGAGAGACUAGCAGACUACUUUGGACAGUUGUUGAACCCAAACUCCAAGCUCUAAACCUUAAAAUACUGAAACUACUAGAAGGAAAUGAAUAUAUUUUCAGAGUUUUACCAGUAAACAAAUUUGGUGUUGGUGAGCCCCUCCAAUCAAGUGCAGUUGUUAUCAAGAAUCCAUUUACACCUCCAGAUGCACCAAAAGGAGUGGAAGUCUCUAAUGUCAAGAAAGAUUCAAUGGUCAUAACCUGGGAGGCCCCAACAAAUGAUGGAGGUACUCCUAUCACUGGUUAUAUUAUUGAGAAACAUGACAAGGAAGGCAUUAGAUGGACCAGAUGCAACAUGAAAACAGUUACUAACCUCACAUUUAAAGUUACUGGACUCCUGGAGAACCACCUCUACGAAUUUAGAGUUUCUGCUGAGAAUGCUGCUGGAGUUAGUGAGGCAAGUUCUGCAACUGUAUUCUAUAAAACCCUGGAUCCUGUAUUCAAGCCAGGUCCACCACAUAAUCCAAAAGUGUUAGACAUGACCAAAUCAUCUGUUGUACUUGCAUGGGGAAAGCCUAUUUAUGAUGGUGGCUGUGAAAUCCAGGGAUAUAUUGUUGAAGUAUGUGAAGCAAAAGCAGCCAUAGAGGAGACAAAGUCUCCAGGAGAAGAAGGAAAGGCAGCUACAGAUGAAUGGACAAUCUGCACUCCACCAACAGGUGUUAAACUGACACGUUUUAAUGUGGAAAAUCUGAAAGAAAAGCAGGAAUAUAAAUUCAGGGUUUGUGCGGUUAACAAGGUUGGUGUUGGGGAGCAUGCUGAUGUUGCAGGGUCCAUACUGCCAGAGGACAAAACUGAGGAACCAGAUCUUGAUAUUGAUGCUGAGUUUAGAAAGCUUGUACGUAUUAAAGCUGGAGGUUCCCUUAGAAUGUUUAUCCCUUUCAAAGGAAGACCAGCACCACAAAUCAAAUGGGAAAAAGAUGGUGGGCAAGUUAAGGAAACAGCACAGAUUGAGACCACCAGCAGUCACACUUAUCUUGUGAUUGAUAAAGUCAACAGGGCAGACAGUGGUAAAUAUACUGUUACUGCAGAAAACUCUGCUGGUGCAAAAUCUGAAGCAAUUAUUGUGAAGGUCCUUGACACACCAAGCGCUCCUUUCAACUUCAAAGUUAAAGAAAUUACAAAAGAAUCUGUUACUCUUACAUGGGAGCCUCCAAUUUUGGAUGGUGGAGCAAAGAUAAAAAAUUACAUUGUUGAAAAACGUGAGAGCACAAGAAAAACAUUUUCUGCUGUUGUCACAAACUGCCACAAACUCUCUUGGAAAGUUGAACCACUUCAAGAAGGCUGCAGUUACUAUUUUAGAGUGCUUGCAGAAAAUGAACAUGGUAUAGGGCUUCCAGCCGAUAUCACAGAUCCUUUAAAGGUUUCAGAGGUGCCACAAUGUCCUGGAAAAUUAAGUGUUGUUGAUGUUACUAAAACAAGUGUGUCUCUUUCUUGGGAAAAGCCGAUUCAUGAUGGUGGUAGUAGAAUUAUUCAAUACCUUGUUGAAAUGCAGGUCAAGGGUAAUGAUAAAUGGUCUGGAUGUGCCAAUGUAAAAACACUGGAAGCUGUAAUCAGUAAUUUGAACCCUGGCGAAGAGUACACUUUCAGAGUAAUUGCUAUCAAUGAAAAAGGAAAGAGUGACCCAAGAACACUUGCUGUCCCUGUGCAAGCAAAGGACCUUGUCUUUGGGCCUGAUGUAAGACCUGCAUUUAGCAACUACAGUGUUCUUGUUGGAAAGGACCUUCAAGUUGAAAUCCCAUUUUCUGGACGUCCAAAACCAAAGGUUACAUGGACAAAGGAUGGUGCAGCCCUUAAGUUCACAACAAGGGUUAACAUUUCUAAUACACCACACAGCACUGUUCUUAGCAUCAAAGAAGCAGCGAGAGAAGAUGGUGGAAUGUAUGGAAUAAACGUUUCCAAUGUUGUUGGACAAAAGGAUGCAACCAUUGAAAUCAUCACUCUUGAUAAACCUGGCCCACCAACUGGCCCUGUGCGUUUUGAUGAGAUAACUGUUUCAAGCGCUACCUUGUCGUGGGAUCCUCCAAAGUAUACUGGUGGUUGCCCCAUUUCAAAUUAUAUUGUGCAAAAGAGAGAUACAACUUCUACAACAUGGGAGAAUGUUGCAAUUUCAUUAGCAAGAACAACACUUAAAGUUGUGCGACUGAAGACUGGUGCUGAAUAUCAGUUCAGAAUCAUUGCUCAAAACAGGUAUGGUAAGAGCUAUGCUCUGGACUCUUCAACUGUUGUUGCUCAGUAUCCAUAUAGAGAACCAGGACCACCAGGAACUCCAUUUGUGUCAUGUCUAUCAAAGGAUCAUAUGGUUGUUGAGUGGAAUGAGCCAGUCUCAGAUGGCGGCAGCACCAUUAUUGGAUAUCAUCUUGAAAGGAAGGAGAGGAACAGCAUUCUGUGGACAAAGAUAAAUAAGACACUGAUUCAAGAAACAAGAUUCAAAACCAGUCCUUUAGAGGAAAGUGUUGAAUAUGAGUUCAGAGUGUAUGCGGAAAAUAUCGUUGGCAUUGGAAGAUGCAGCAAAAUCUCAGAAGGCUUUGUUGCUCGGGAUCCAUGUGAUCCUCCUGGAACCCCAGAAGCUGUCCAUGUGACUAAAAAUUCAAUAACUAUCCAGUGGACAAAGCCAGAGUAUGAUGGUGGAAGUGUUAUCACUGGUUAUACUGUUGAGAAACGUGAUCUUCCUGAAGGACGCUGGAUGAAAGCAAGUUUCACUAAUGUUAUUGAAACCAAUUUUACUGUCACUGGGCUGACAGAAGGUGCAAAGUAUGACUUCAGGGUAAUUGCAAAGAAUGCAGUUGGGACUAUCAGCAAACCAUCAUACAACAGUGGACCUAUUUCUGCAUUGGAUGAAGUAGAGCCACCAAAGUUCUCUAUUGACCCAGAAUACACUCAGACUCUAAUUGUGAAUGCAGGAGAUACAUUCAAACUUGAUGCUGAUGUUCAUGGUAAACCACUUCCUGCAAUCCAGUGGUUUAAGAAUGAAAAGGAGCUUGAAAACACAAUAAGAUGUGACAUCAAGAACACUGACAACAGAGCAUUGAUUAUAGUAAAAGAUGCAGUCAGACAAGAUGGUGGAAACUACACUCUUCAGCUCACUAAUGUGGCUGGAUCUCAAACCGUUCAGUUCCAUGUGAAAGUCCUUGAUAAACCAGGUCCACCAGAAGGGCCUCUUCAUGUCACAGGCAUGUCCAGUGAUAAAUGCACACUGAUAUGGCAUGCUCCACUAGAUGAUGGAGGAAACACUAUCACUCAUUACAUUAUUGAGAGACGUGAGACAAGUCGACUUGCUUGGACUGUGGUUUGUAAUGAUUGCAAAACUACAACAUACAAAGUGACAAAACUCCUGGAAGGUAAUGAAUAUAUAUUCCGUGUCAUGGCUGCGAACAGUUAUGGUGUUGGGGAGCCAAUUGAAGCACCAUCCGUAUUAAUGAAAGAUCCAUUUAUUCCACCUGGAUCACCACAAAUUAUUGAGGUAACAAAUAUUGCAAGGGAUUCCAUGACUAUUUGCUGGAGUGCACCAGAUACUGAUGGUGGAAGUGAAAUUCUUGGUUACAUCAUUGAGAAGAGAGACAGAUCUGGAAUUAGAUGGACAAGGUGCAACAGACAAAAAGUAACUGAUGUAUGCUUCAGAGUGCAUGGCUUAAUUGAGGAUCAUGAGUAUGAAUUCAGAGUGUCAGCUGAAAAUGCAGCUGGAAUUGGAGAACCUAGCUUGGCAACUUCAUACUACAAGGCUUGUGAUCCCAAAUACAAACCUGGCCCACCCAUGUAUGCACAUGUUGUUGAUACUACCAAUACUUCAAUUACAGUGGCAUGGGGAAAACCCCUUAAUGAUGGAGGAUGUGCAAUUCAAGGAUAUAUUGUAGAGACCUGCAAAGCUGAAGAGGAAGAAUGGACUAUGUGCACUCCCCCUACUGGCUUACGUGUCAACAGAUUUGAAAUCACUAAGCUAACAGAAAAACAAGAAUAUAAGAUUCAAAUAUGUGCCAUCAAUAAAUUAGGUGUUGGAGAACCUGCAGUUAUUCCAGGAACUGCCAAGCCUGAAGACAAGCUGGAGACCCCUGAAAUUCACCUCGAUUCAGAACUAAGGAAAGGCAUUGUUGUUCGUGCAGGAGGGUCAGUGAGAAUCAGUAUACCAUUCAAAGGUAGACCAAUGCCAGAUAUCAAAUGGACUAAAGAUGAAGCUGAACUGUCAGAAAAGACGGUAAUUGAAAAGGGUCUUAACUUCACCCAGCUUUCAAUUGACUCCUGUGAUAGAAGGGACUCUGGAAAAUACACUGUGACUCUACAGAAUAGCAGUGGCUCUGUAUCUGAAUUUGUGGCUGUUAAAGUGUUAGAUACACCUGGAGCCCCACUAAAUCUUGUAGUUAAGGAUAUCAAGAAGGACUCUGUUACACUUGUUUGGGAACCACCACUUAUUGAUGGAGGUGCAAAGAUCAAGAAUUAUAUUGUUGACAAGCGUGAAUCCACAAGAAAAGCCUAUGCAAAUAUAACAACCAAGUGCAGCAAAACAACUUAUAAGGUGGAAAAUCUUGCAGAAGGGGCCAUGUAUUAUUUCAGAGUUAUGGCUGAAAAUGAAUAUGGCGUUGGUUUGUCAGUUGAAACAAAAACUGCUUCAAAGGCAUCUGAAGUACCUCAGCCAGUUGGAAAGGUGAUGCUGACAGAUGUGACAAAAGUAAGUGCAUCUCUGGCCUGGGAAAAGCCAGAGCAUGAUGGAGGUAGUAGGAUUGCAGGCUACUUGAUUGAAAUGCAGCCAAAAGGAACUGACAAAUGGGGUGUGGCAACAAAUGUAAAAACAUGUGAGGGAACAGUCACUGGACUGACUGGUGGUCAGGAAUAUUUGUUCCGUGUUUUGGCAUACAAUGAGAAAGGCAAAAGUGAGCCAAAGCCCCUUGCUGCUCCAGUUAUUGCCAAUGACCUCACAAUUGAACCAAGCCUAAAUUUGCAGUUCAAUACAUAUAGUGUUAAAUCUGGAAAGGAUUUCAAACUUGAAAUACCUGUUUUUGGACGUCCAAAACCAAAGAUCACUUGGUCAAAGGAUGGACAGACACUUAAAGUAACAUCCAGAGUUACUACUUUCUUUACACCAACAUCCACAACCCUGCAGAUUACUGAAGCCUGUAAAGAUGACCUUGGAAAGUAUACAGUUACGGCAACAAACAGUGUUUGUGCAGUUACAGAAGAUAUCAGUAUCAUAAUCCUUGAUAAACCUGGUCCACCCACAGGACCAAUAAAAGUAAACGAAGUGAGCAACAAUUCUGUUUCCAUCUCAUGGGAACCUCCGGAGUAUACAGGAGGCUGCCAAGUAAAGCAUUAUAUUGUUGAAAAGCGAGACACCACUGAAACUACUUGGCAAGUUGUUGCUGGAUCAGUUGCCAGGACAUCCCUCAAAAUUACCAAGCUGAAAACAGGUGCUGAGUAUCAGUUUAGAGUCAUUGCUGAGAACAGAUAUGGUAAGGGGGCUCCUUUGGAUUCUAAGUCCAUUGUUGUGCAGUAUCCUUACAAACCACCUGGUCCACCUGGUACUCCAAAUGUGAAAUCUGCCACCAAGGAUCAAAUGAUAAUUGAGUGGAAUGAACCAGUGAGUGAUGGUGGCAGUUCAGUGAUUGGCUACCACCUUGAGAGCAAAGAAAGAACAAGUAUUCUAUGGACAAAACUAAAUAAAACACUUAUUACUGAUACUGUUUUCAAAAUAUGCAAUCUUGAAGAAGGCAUUGGAUAUGAAUUCAGGGUAUAUGCAGAAAACAUUGUUGGUAUUGGCAGAGCAAGCAAAGUUUCAGAGAGCUUUGUUGCCCGUGACCCAUGUGAUCCACCUGGAACCCCUGAGGCUGUUACAAUAGCAAAGGACCACAUUAAGAUUCAGUGGUCUAAGCCUCAAUAUGAUGGUGGCAGCAAAGUGACUGGAUAUAUUGUUGAGAGAAGAGAUUUGCCUGAGGGUCGAUGGAUAAGGGCAAAUUUUACCAAUGUAAUUGAGACAGAAUUUACAAACACAGGCUUAACGGUAAACAAUCAAUAUGAAUUUAGAAUAAUUGCAAGAAAUGCAGUUGGUGUCUUCAGCGAGCCUUCAGACAGCACUGGACCAAUUACGGCUACAGAUGAAAUUGAACCUCCAAGUGUUUCAAUGGAUCCUAAGUACAAGGAUGUCAUUGUUGUCAGUGCUGGAGACAACAUAGUUUUGGAUGCAGAUAUACAUGGUAAACCAACACCUGAUAUUCAGUGGCUAAAAGAAGGAAAGGAAAUGGAUAAGACAUUGCGUAUUGAAGUAAGAAGUACACAGAAAUGUGCUUCUAUUACAAUAAAAGAUUGUACAAGAUUGGAUGGUGGAGACUAUACCCUUGUAUUAAGUAACAGUGGUGGAACAAAAACAAUUCCAAUAACCGUAAAAGUUCUUGACAGACCAGGUCCACCAAUCGGACCACUACGAGUGACUGGCAUCAUGUCUGACAAAUGUCAUCUGUCCUGGUCUGAGCCCUUGCAGAAUGGUGGAGCCAAUAUUUCUCAUUAUAUCCUUGAGAAAAGGGAAACUAGCAGACUAUCAUGGACUGUUGUGGAUUCUAACAUUCCUAGUGUAAAUUAUAAGGUGACCAAGCUCUUACAAGGUGAUGAGUAUAUCUUUAGAGUUACGGCUGUCAACAAAUAUGGCAUUGGUGAACCUCUAGAAUCUGAGGCAAUUAUUGCACGCAAUCCAUACAAGCCACCAAGUGUGCCAUCAACACCAGAAGCAAGUGAGAUUACAAAGGAUUCAAUAACUCUCUCAUGGACUGCCCCUGAGAGUGAUGGUGGAUCAGAAAUUAAGUGUUAUCACUUAGAGAAGCGUGACAAAGAUGGUGUAAGGUGGACAAAAUGCAACAGACAGAAGCUGACCGAUCUGCAUUUCAAAGUAACUGGUCUGUCAGAGGGACAUUUCUAUGAGUUCCGUGUGUCUGCUGAAAAUGAAGCUGGUGUGGGAGAAUUUAGUGACCUAUCUCUGUUUUAUAGAGCAAUUAAUGCCACAACUCCCCCAGGUCCACCUCAUCAUCCUAAAGUGACAGAUCACACAAGCUCAUCAGUCUCUCUGUCUUGGGGAAAACCUGCUACUGAUGGUGGUGCAUAUAUUAAAGGUUAUAUUGUUGAGAUGAAAGAGGUUUCUUCAGAGGAAUGGAUCAUAUGCACACCCCCAGCUGGUAUUCAAGCAACACGCCUCACAGUUGAAAACCUGAAGGAAAAUGCUGAAUAUAACUUCCGUGUUUGUGCAAUUAAUUCUGAAGGAGUUGGUGAGCCUGCUGAUGUUCAUGGAUCAGUGACUGCAUCUGAAAAGAUUGAAGCACCUGAGAUUGAACUUGAUGCAGACCUUAGGAAAGUUGUCUCUGUUCGUGCAGGAGGAUCUCUUCGUCUUUUCAUUACAAUAAGAGGUCGACCUGAGCCAUCCGUCAAAUGGGAAAAGGAGGAUGGGCCUUUAACUGAUCGGGCUCAGAUUGAAUGCACAAGUUCAUACACCAUGCUGGUAAUUGACAAUGUCAAUAGAUUUGACAGUGGAAAAUAUAACUUGACUCUUGAGAACAAGAGCGGCACAAAAUCUGCGUUUGUGAAUGUCAGGGUGCUUGAUACACCAAGUACUCCACAGAAGUUUGAAGUGAAAGAUGUAAAGAAAGAUUCGGUAACUCUCUGCUGGGAUCCCCCACUUACAGAUGGUGGGGCUAAAAUAACCAAUUACGUGGUUGAGAAGCGAGAAUCUACAAGAAAAGCUUAUACAACUGUCACAAGCAACUGCACACAGACUUCUUUUAAAGUUGAUGAACUGCAGGAAGGAGGAAUUUUCUACUUCCGUGUAUGUGCUGUUAAUGAGUAUGGCUUUGGUGUGAUGGCAGAAACAAAGAAUCCUAUAAAGGUUGCACAGGUACCUAUGCCUCCCGGAAAAGUAACUCUUGUGGAUGUCUCAAAGAAUAGUGUGACACUUACUUGGGUUAAGCCUGUCCACGAUGGAGGGAGCAAAAUCCUCUGCUACAAUGUAGAGAUGCAACCCAAAAGUAGUGACAAAUGGGGUGUAAGCUGCACAGUCAAGGUUCCAGAGGCUACUGUGAACAACCUCACGCCUGGAGAAACAUACUCAUUCAGGGUUAUUGCAUUGAAUGAGAAGGGCAAGAGUGAGCCUCAAGAACUUGGUGUACCUGUUGUAGCUAAAGAUAUUGAGUUUGAACCCUCUGUUCAUCUGCUGUUCAAUACAUACAGUGUUAAGGCUGGAGAUGAUCUUACUGUGGAAGUUCCUGUGAGAGGCAGGCCUAAGCCAGUUGUCUCUUGGAAGAAGGAUGGCCUUCCUUUAAGGCAAACAACAUCUCUUUCAAUUGUCAACACAAUAGUGUCUAGCAAAAUUGUCAUUAAAGAAGCUGCUAUUGAACAUGUUGGUAAAUAUGAAAUCACUCUUGCUAAUACAGCAGGCACCAAGUCCACAGACAUUAGCAUUGUUGUUCUUGAUAAACCUGGGCCACCAGCUUCAGUGAAGGUUGAUGCUGUGACUUCAGACAGUAUUACAUUGUCAUGGACCCCACCAGAAUAUGAUGGUGGAUGCUCCAUCAACAACUACAUUGUUGAGAAGAGAGAUACUAACACAACAGAGUGGCAGAUUGUUUCAACAAAUGUUGCCAGAACCUCAGUCAAAGUACCUCGAUUGACACAGGGUUCUGAGUACCAGUUCCGCAUCUAUGCAGUGAAUCGUUAUGGAAAGGGUAAGCCAAUUGAUUCUCCGGGAAUUACAGCAGAGUACACAUUUAAACAGCCGGGCCCACCUUCUACACCCCGUGCUGCUCAUGCCACCAAGGUCUUCAUGCUCAUCACAUGGAAUGAGCCAGUUAAUGAUGGUGGUAGCACAGUCCUUGGCUAUCAUUUAGAACGCAAGGAGAGAAGCAGUAUUCUUUGGACAAAGGUGAACAGGACAAUAAUCAAGGAUACUGAAUUCAAAGUAACUGGUAUUGAGGAAGGUAUGAUGUAUGAAUUCCGUGUAUAUGCUGAAAAUAUUGCUGGAAUUGGCAAAGCAAGCAAAGCCAGUGAGCCCAUAGCUGCAAGAGAUCCCUGUGAUCCUCCUGGUCAGCCUGUGGUAACUAGCAUGACCAAAUCCUCUGUCUCUUUUUCUUGGACCAAGCCUGAGUAUGAUGGUGGAGCCAAAGUUACUGGUUACAUAAUUGAGCGUAGAGAUCUCCCAGAGGGUCGCUGGAUAAGAUGCAAUUUUACCAAUGUUGUAGAGACUUAUUUUGAUGUAACUGGCCUAACAUUGGAUGAGAAGUAUGAUUUCCGUGUCAUCGCAAAGAAUGCUGCUGGACUAUUCAGUGAGCCAUCUGACAACACUGGUCCUAUUACAGUUAAAGAUAAUGUAGAUCCACCACGCAUUAUGAUGGAUGUCAAGUUCAAGGAUGUUGUGUUAGUAAAAGCUGGGGAAACUCUGAAGAUAAAUGCUGACAUUGCAGGGCGCCCUCUUCCUGUUGCAUCUUGGUCAAAGGAUGGACAUGAAAUUGAGCAGAAGGCAAGAAUUCAUAUAACUGGAACAGACACUAGUACUAUGAUAGUGGUUAAAGACUGCAAAAGGAGUGAUUCUGGACAGUACGCUUUGACUUUAAAGAAUGUUGCAGGAAGUGUAACAACCCCAGUAAACUGUGUUAUUCUGGAUAAACCAGGACCUUCAGCAGGACCACUGUCAGUAACGGGUCUCACAGCAGAGGAGUGCACACUGUCAUGGGGACCACCACAAGAAAUUGGUGGCUCUGAAAUAACACAUUAUGUUGUUCAGAAACGAGAAACCAGUCGAUUGGCCUGGACACUUGUACAUGGAGAGGUCAAAACUACAACAUUCAAGGUCACUAAGCUCCUAAAAGGAAAUGAGUACAUAUUCAGAGUAUUAGCUGUCAACAAGUUUGGACUUGGUGAAGCCCUUGAAAGUGAAAUGGUCAAGAUCACUGAACCAUACACUAUACCAGGAGCUCCAACAAAUGUUGAAAUUACAAGUGUGACCAGUGAGGAAAUGAGGCUAACUUGGGCAAAACCAGCAUCUGAUGGAGGCAGCGAGAUCCUUGGAUAUAUAAUUGAAAGACGAGAGAAAUCUGGUAUUCACUGGGUCCGUGUGAACAGGGACCUUGUGAAAGAACUAACAGCCGUAAUAUCAAAAAUAAGAAGAGGAUGUGAGUAUGAGUUUAGGGUUUAUGCUGAAAAUUCAGCAGGCUUGAGUCCAGCCAGUGACUCAUCUCUUACAGCAAGGGCAGAGGAUGAACUUUUGGUACCAUCCCCACCAACUAAACCUAAGAUUCUGGAUCAUACCAAGAAUUCUAUUACUAUCGCCUGGAAAAAGCCAUUAUCUGAUGGUGGUGCACAGAUCCUUGGAUACAGUGUAGAAUAUAAGAAAUCUGAGGAUGCGGAAUGGAUUGUGGCUAUUCAGAUGACAAAAAGCAGUGAAUUCACAGUUUCUGGUCUUACAACUGAUGUACAGUAUGUAUUUGCUGUUAAAGCAAUCAACAAAAUUGGUGUUAGUGAACAGUCGCCUGUCUCUGAGCCACAGUCAGCAACUGAGAGAAAGGAGGAACCUGUAUUUGACAUUGACAUUGAGAUGCGAAAAACUUUAAUUGUCAAGCAUGGUAAUUCAUUUACUUUGACGGCUCUAUUUAAAGGCAAGCCAGUACCUUCAGUUACAUGGAAUAAAGAGGAGGUCGAUCUCAAAGCAAGGGCAAGCAUAGAAACAACAGAAACAUGCACAUCUGUUACUAUUGAGAAAGCAACACGAAAUGACUCUGGACAAUACAUUGUCACUUUGGACAAUGGUGUUGGAACAGCAUCUUUGCCAAUGAUAGUCAAAGUCCUUGAUACCCCUGGUCCACCAACUAAUGUGAAAAUUACUGAAGUCACAAAAGAUUCUGCAACGUUUACUUGGGACCCUCCAGAGAAUGAUGGAGGAGAUGCUGUUAAGGCUUAUCACGUUGAGAAACGUGAAGCAAGCAAAAAGGCCUGGGUAUGCGUAACAAGCAACUGUCACAGUCUGACAUACAGGGUUGAAGACUUGCAAGAAGGUGCAAUCUACUAUUUUAGAGUCACUGGAGAAAAUGAGUUUGGAACAGGUGUACCCACUGAAACUAAAGAUGGAACCAAGAUAACAGAAAAACCAAGUCCACCUGCUAAGCUUGGCGUAACUGCAGUAACAAAGAAUAGCAUAACCAUUGCAUGGUCAAAACCAGAGUAUGAUGGUGGAAGCCGAAUUACCAGCUACCUCAUUGAUGCGCUUGAAAAGGGCCAACAGAAGUGGGUUAAAUGUGCCACAGUUAAAGCCAACACCCACAUUAUUAAGAACCUAAGGGAAAAUGCAGAAUACUUUUUCAGAGUUCGUGCUGAGAAUCAUGCUGGACUUAGUGAACCAAAAGAAAUGAUUAUUCCUGUGGUUGUGAAAGAUCAACUUGAUGCGCCUGAGUUUGAUAUGAAGAAUUUCCCACAUAACACUGUUUAUGUGAGAGCAGGAUCAAAUCUUAAAUUUGAGCUUCCACUCUCUGGUAAACCAAUGCCAAAAGUCACAAUGUCAAGAGGCAAUGCUCCAGUUAAGUGCGGCAAGAGAUUUAGCUUUGACGUAACCCCUGAAAGUCUUAAUAUCAGUCUCAAAGAAAGUAUUGCAAGUGAUGCUGGAAGAUAUGACAUUGUUGCCUCAAACACAAGUGGAACCACCAAGAUGUUUGUAAAUAUACUGGUCCUGGAUAGACCAGCUCCUCCUGUCGGGCCUGUUAAAGUUAGUGAUGUGAGGGAGACAAGCUUGUGUCUCCAAUGGCUCCCACCUGUGUAUGAUGGUGGCAGUCCUGUUACAAACUAUGUUGUUCUAAAACGUGAAACAAGUACUCCAGCCUGGACAGAAGUGUCAUCCACAAUUGCAAGAAGCACUGUUAAAGUCACCAAACUUACAAAGGGAGAAGAAUACCAGUUCAGAGUUAAAGCUGAGAACCGUUUUGGCAUCAGUGAUCACAUUGAUUCUCAGUCAGUUACAGUGAAGCUUCCAUACACUAUCCCUGGACCACCAUCAACACCAUGGCUGGGUUAUGUGUCAAGGGAGAGCCUCACUGUUUGCUGGAAUGAGCCAGUAGUAGAUGGAGGAAGCCCAGUGGUUGGAUACCAUGUCCAAAUGAAAGAAAGAAGUAGCAUUCUUUGGCAAACAGUAAACAAAACAGCAAUCCCUGCAAAUCAAAUUAGAGUGACAAACAUAUGUCCUGGAAUGAUUUACGAAUUCAAGGUAGCUGCAGAAAAUGCAGCUGGUAUUGGAAAGUUCAGCAAGACAUCAGAAGAAGUGCUAGCAAUUGAUGCCUGUGAACCACCGGCAAAUGUGAGAAUUUCUGAGGUUACAAAAAAUUCAAUUAGCCUUGUAUGGCAGAAGCCGCCAUUUGAUGGUGGAAGCAAAAUCACUGGCUACAUGGUUGAGCGAAGAGAUGCUCCAAAUGGCAGAUGGACAAAGGCAAACUUUACCAAUGUCAUUGAUACUAACUUCACUGUAUCAGGCUUGACUCAGGAUCAGGCAUAUGAAUUCAGGAUUUUUGCCAAAAAUACAGUUGGCUCGAUCAGCAAUCCAUCUCUAAUUGCAGGACCAGUAACUUGUGUCGACAUUUCUGGUGCUCCAGUAAUUGACCUGCCCCCAGAGUAUUUGGAUGUUGUGCAAUACAAAGCUGGUACAUCAUUCAAAAUCAAAGUGGGAAUAUUUGCUAAACCCUUGCCAACUAUUGAAUGGCUUAAAGAUGACAAGGAGCUAGUGUCAAGUGCACAGCUGUCAAUUGAGAACACAACUGACUCAUCUGCCAUCCUCAUUAAGGAUGCUAGUCGUCAUAAUACUGGAACCUAUGAGCUCAAAAUCAAGAAUGUGUUUGGCACAGCAUCUGCUAAUAUCAGAAUACAGAUUUUAGACAAACCCGGACCUCCAGCUGGACACAUUGAAUUCAAAUCAGUCUCUGCUGACAAGAUAACAAUUGAAUGGGAACCAGUGAUUGAUGAAGGAGGUGCAAAAGUAACUCAUUACAUUGUAGAAAAACGAGAGACAAGUAGAGUAGUGUGGUCCCCAGUUUCUGAAGCAAUGGAAGCACGUACUGUUACUGUCCAAAAGUUGGCCAGAGGAAAUGAAUACAUAUUCCGUGUCAGAGGUGUUAACAAAUUUGGAGCUGGAGAUCCUCUGGAGUCUGAGCCUGUAAUUGCCAAAAAUGCAUUUGUUACUCCUGGACAAACUUCUACACCUGAAGCAACAGAUAUCACCAGAACAUCAAUGCAAAUUGUUUGGGAUAAACCUAGUAUGGAUGGUGGUAGCAUGGUUACAGGAUACUAUCUGGAGAGACGUGACAAGAAGAGCCUGCGCUGGGUAAAAGUGUACAAGGACCCCAUUAAUGACACCAAAGCAAAGGUCCAUCAUCUCACAGAAGGAAAUGAAUAUCAGUAUCGUGUAUGUGCAAUCAAUAAAGCUGGGGAAGGUCCCUACUCUGAUGUUUCUGACUUCUACAAAGCUGCUGAUCCAGUUGACCCACCAUGUGAACCAACUAAGCUCAAGGUAGUGGACUCAACUAAAACAUCAAUAACACUUGGAUGGUCCAAGCCAGAAUAUGAUGGAGGCAGUGAAAUAACCAGCUAUGUUGUAGAAAAAAGAGUUGGCGAGGAAGGGGAGUGGACAGUGAUUAGCCAUAAGGGAGAAGUGAGAACCACAGAGUAUGUUGCCUCGGACCUUAAACCAGACAUUGACUACUACUUCCGUGUAUCUGCUGUUAAUUGUGCUGGACGUGGAGACCCAAUUGAAAUGGAAGAGCCAGUACAAGCCAAGGACAUUCUUGAGGAAGCCCAGGUUGAUACGGAUGUUGCAAUGAGAACUCAUUACAUUAUGAAAGCUGGUAAAGAUGUUGAAAUCAUGGUGCCCCUGAAAGGCAGACCUGCUCCAAGUGUCUCUUGGAAGAAGGAAGACCAAAACAUUGACAAUGAUCCUAAAUAUGACAUUCACAACACAGACACUUCAUCGUGUCUCAUAAUUACACAAGUAACUCGAAACGACACUGGUAAAUACACCAUCAAUAUAUCAAAUGGUGUAGGAGAACCAAAGUCCUUAACUGUGUCUGUUAAAGUACAGGACACUCCAGCUGCUUGUAGGAAUUUGAUUUUGAAAGACGUCACUCGUGGGAAAGUUACACUUUGCUGGGAGCCUCCUCUACUGGAUGGUGGCGCUGAAAUUACCAAUUAUGUUGUUGAGAAAAGAGACUCUUCUAAGCGUACCUAUGCAUGUGUAACAAAUAAGUGCAAGGAAACCACGUGUGUAAUUGAAGAACUAUCUGAGAAAGCAUCAUUCUUCUUCCGUGUAUUAGCAGAAAAUGAGAAUGGAGUUGGAGAUCCAUGUGAAGCAGCAGAGCCAGUUAAAGCCACAGAGACACCAGGACCGGUCAAAGACCUUUCUAUGAAAGACUCCACAAAGACUUCAGUAAUACUACAAUGGAACAAACCAGAUUAUGAUGGUGGUAGCAUUAUUACAGACUAUAUAAUUGAAAAGAAAAUCCAAGGUCAAGAAGAAUGGGCCCCUGCUGGAACAAACAAGCAUUGUGAACAUGAAGUUACAAAGCUUAAGGAACUCACUGAAAUGUUUUUCAAAGUUUGUUCCAAGAAUGAAAAGGGCACUAGUGACUUCGUUGAAAUCGGACCAAUUAAAGUAAAGGACUACAUUAUCCCACCAGAAGCAAACCUUGAAGAGUAUCCUGAUGGACAAAUCAGUGUACGUUUGGGACAUAAUGUCCACAUUGAAUUGCCAUACAAGGGUAAACCAAGACCAAGCAUUCUUUGGUUAAAGGACAAUUUACCACUGAAAGAGAGUGAAAAAAUACGCUUCAAGAAGUCUGAAAACAAAGCCACUCUUAUGAUAAAAAAUGUGGAGAAAGACAAUGGAGGCAAAUACACACUUAGUCUUGACAACAACUUCUUCCGAAAAUCUUUUCAUAUACAGGUUAUUACCCUUGGACCACCCUCUAAACCUAUUGGGCCCAUCCGCUUGGAUGAGGUCAGAGCAGAAAGUAUAGCCAUAUCUUGGGAUGAGCCAAAUGAUAAUGGGGGUGGAGAAAUCACUUGUUACACUGUUGAGAAACGUGACACCUCUCAGACUGACUGGAAAAUGGCUUGUUCAAGUGUGAUUGGAACAUCAUUUAAGGUACUCAAUCUGAUCAAGGGAAUUCAAUAUCAGUUCAGAGUCUGUGCAGAGAAUAGAUAUGGUGCAAGUGAACCUUUAGUUUCACAAAAUGUCAUUGCCAAGCAUGAGUUCAGACCACCUGGCCCACCAGGAAUGCCAGUGGUUUACAAUGUUACAAAUGAUGGCAUGACUAUUCAGUGGGAUGCACCUAUUUUUGAUGGAGGUUGUCCAAUCCUUGGUUUCCAUGUUGAAAAGAAGGAGAAGAACAGCAUAAUGUGGCAAAAGGUUAACAUAGUCUUGGUCAAAGAAAUGGAGUACAGGAUUCCUGGUCUUAUUGAAGGCUUGGAAUAUCAGUUCAGAGUCUACGCCCAGAAUGAUGCUGGAUACAGUCGCAUGAGUGAUGAAAGCAAACCUGUUAUGGCUGUUUCUCCAGUUGAUCCUCCUGGUACCCCUGACUAUGUUGAUGUAACAAGUGAAUCAGUUAAACUGAAAUGGGAAGCACCCAAGCGUGAUGGUGGAAGCAAAAUUGUUGCCUAUAAUGUUGAAAAACGACAGGGCAAAGGGCGGUGGUUAAAGACCAAUUUUUCAAAUGUGACCGACACAGAAUUUGCAGUGACUGGCCUUGCUUUGGGUGAACGCUAUGAAUUUAGAGUCAUAGCAAGAAAUGCUAUUGGCACAGUGAGCCCACCUUCUCAGUCUUCUGGAUAUGUCUUAAUCAGAGAUGAGAGCUUUUCUCCAAACAUUGAGUUUGGACAGGAAUACUUUGAGGGAGUCUCUAUUAAAGCUGGAGAAAACAUCAGGCUAAAAGUAACAAUCAAAGGAAGACCAACACCAAAAGUGACCUGGUACAGAGAUAAUAUUGAAUUAACCAAGAAAAUGGUUGAUAUCACCACAAUUUCUGGAUCAAGUACCCUCUUUAUCAGAGAUGCUGACCGUAGUCAUCGUGGUCUUUAUACUGUGGAAGCCAUAAAUCCCUCAGGAUCUAAAAAGGAAUCAGUGAAAGUUGAAGUCUUUGAUACACCUGGUGAACCUGUUGGACCAAUCACAUUCUCGGAUAUCUCUGAGGGCAAAGUAACACUUUCAUGGAAUCCGCCUGUGAAUGAUGGUUGUUCUGAGGUCACUCAUUACAUUGUUGAGAAACGUGAAACCUCAAAAAUUUCAUGGACACUUGUUACGGAUGAGUGCUUGACAAGCACAUACACUGCAACCAAACUGAUCAAGACAAAUGAGUAUCAGUUCCGUGUUUCUGCAGUCAAUAGGUUUGGUAUUAGCAGACCACUGGAUUCAGUUCCUGUGAUAGCACAAAUGCAAUACACUGUUCCAGAUUCUCCUGGAACUCCAGAUGCAACAGAUGUCGACGGAGAGAGUAUCACAAUCAACUGGGCUCCGCCAACACAUGAUGGUGGAAACCCAAUAAAAUAUUACAUUGUGGAAAGACGUGAAAAGAAGACUGGUCGCUGGCUGAAAGUCCUAACAAGGAAACCCAUUGUUGAGGCUGCACACAGAGUGACUCAUCUUACAGAGAAUGUGGAGUAUGAAUUCCGUGUUUAUGCUGUAAAUGAUGCUGGAAUUGGAGCACCAAGCAACAUUUCAAUGCCAAUUAAAUGUGCAGAGCCAACAGAAGUACCUGAUGCCCCAUCUAUUGUCAAUGUGACUGACACUACCAAUACAUCUGUCAGUUUGGAAUGGACCAGACCUGCCUAUGAUGGUGGAAUGGAAAUCCAUGGCUACAUUAUUGAGAUGUGCAAGGGAUCUGAAGUGCAAUGGCACAGAGUCAAUGAGGAUCUUUGUUCUGUCACAAGAUACAAUGUAACUGGUUUGGAAACUGGUGCAGAGUACAAGUUCCGUAUUUGUGCAGUCAAUUCUGUUGGAAAGGGAGAAGCCAAAGAAAUACCUGAGUAUGCACAGGCAGUAGACAGGCUCUUGGCACCAGAAAUUGACAUAGAUGCAUCCUUCAAACAGACACAUAUUUUGAAAAGUGGUGGAAGUUUAUGUAUCCGUAUUGGCUUUAAGGGAAAGCCAACACCUACAGCUUCCUGGACAAAAGUAGAUGGAGAACUUGGUGUUAUGACAGACAUCACUACCACUGAGACAUACACAGCCUUGACACUGGAAAACUGCACUAGAAAUGAUACUGGAAAAUAUACUCUCACUCUUGAGAACAGUAGCGGCAAUACAUCUAUCAAUGUUACAGUCAAAGUGUUGGACACACCUGGUAUACCAGGGGCUCUCUCCAUCAAGGAAGUCACAAGAGGAGCUCUCACAAUUGCUUGGGAACCUCCUACAAAUGACGGUGGUGCACGUGUUCAUCAUUACACUGUUGAAAAGCGUGAGGCAAGCCGUCGUACAUGGACAGAGGCAGCACCCAAGACCACUCAAACAAGCUUAAGAGUUUCUGAUCUCCUGGAAGGUGUACCUUAUUUCUUCAGAGUUAUGGCUGAGAAUCAGUAUGGUCUUGGUGAAGCAUAUGAAAUGCCUGAUCCAGUUAUUGCCACAGCUGAACCUGCUCCACCAAAGAGAGUUGAUAUCAUUGAUACAACUGACACAUCAGCAACCCUGGCCUGGCUCAAGCCAGAGCAUGAUGGAGGAAGCCGUAUCACAGGCUAUUGUGUGGAAUCCAAGGCAAAAGAUACAGAUAAAUGGGUUGUUUGUGGUACCACAAAAAAUCUAAGCCUUGUAAUUGAAGGACUUACAGAGAACAGUGAGUAUGAAUUCCGUGUCAAAGCAAAGAAUGAUUCUGGCUUCAGUGUGCCAAGAGAAGCUUUCUCUUCAGUCAUCAUUAAAGAGCCACGAAUUGAACCUACUGCCGAUCUCAGUGGUAUCACCAACCAACUCAUUACUAGCAGGAUUGGUGAAUCUUUUGAGAUUGAUGUUCCAAUUAGUGGAAGACCAGCUCCAAAGGUCUCCUGGAAACUUGAGGAAAUGAGACUAAAAGAAACUGACAGGGUUUCAAUCAAGACUAACAAAAACAGGACCACUCUUACAGUUAAAGACUGCAUGAGAGGUGAUGGAGGAAGAUAUUUCCUCACCCUUGAGAAUAUCACUGGGUCAAAGACUUUCACUCUCACUGUCAAUGUUAUUGGCAGACCAAGCCCUCCAGAGGGCCCUAUUGAGAUUUCCUCAAUUACAUCAGAGUCAUGCGUAAUAUCAUGGAAUCCACCUGAGGAUGACGGUGGCACAGACAUCACAAACUACAUUAUUGAGAAGCGUGAAUCUGGUUCAACUGCUUGGCAGCUUAUUAACUCAAGUGUAAAACAUACUUCUUUCCAUGUUUCACAUCUAACUAAAUACAUGCAGUAUACUUUCCGUGUCUGUGCUGAAAACCGUUUUGGUGUGAGCAAACCAACAGAAUCUGAGACAAUUGUUGCAGAACAUCCAUUUGUUCCUCCAGGGCCUCCAACAAGGCCAGAAGUGUUCGCUGUAACUGCCAACAGCAUGAGCAUUCGUUGGGAGGAGCCGUACCAUGAUGGUGGCAGCAAAGUCUCUGGAUACUGGAUCGAAAAGAAGGAGCGUAACACAAUUCUCUGGGUGAGAGAAAACAAGAUUCCCUGCUUUGAAUGCUAUUACAAGGUGGAAGGCCUUGUUGAGGGUCUUGAAUACCAGUUCAGAGUGUAUGCAAUGAAUAGCGCUGGCCUCAGCAAAGCAAGCGAAGCAUCAAAAAGAGCUGUGGCACAAAAUCCAGUGGAUCCUCCAGGAAAAACAGAAGUUACAAAUGUAUCAAGAUCAACAGUCUCAAUCAAAUGGUCUGUGCCCCUAAAUGAUGGUGGAAGCCCGAUCACAGGCUACAUUGUUGAGCGCAAGCCUUAUUCUGUCACUGGAGAAGGUCGCUGGCUUAAGUGUAACUACACUAAUGUUACCGACACAAAUUUCACUAUCACUGCAUUGGGAGAAGGAGAGGAAUAUGAAUUCCGUGUAAUUGCCAAAAAUGCAAAUGGAGUGUUGAGCCUGCCAUCAGUUUCAACAGGACCAGUGACAUGCAAAGCAGAAUACAUUCCUCCUAAAGCAGAGCUAGACAGCAAACUCCUUGUGGACACGGUUGUAAUUAGAGCUGGAUCUGAUCUGGUGCUGGAUGCUUCUGUUGGUGGUAAACCUGAGCCUAAAGUCAGCUGGUCCAAGGGCACAAAAGAUCUAGAGCUCUGUGAAAAAUAUGCUCUCCAGUAUUCAAGUACCCGUGCUCUGGCAAUCAUAAAGUUCUGUGACAGAGAUGACACUGGGAAGUAUGUUUUGACAGUUAAAAAUGCAAGUGGAACAAAAACUGCUGAGGUCAACGUUAAAGUGCUUGAUACACCUGGUCCCUGUCAGGAGAUUACAGUCAGCAAUAUAUCUCAGGAAAAAUGCACAGUGUCUUGGAAAGAGCCACUGGAGGAUGGUGGUGACCCUAUAACACAUUACAUUGUUGAAAGAAGAGAUACCAAUAGACUUAACUGGGUUAUCACGGAGGCUGAAUGCAAAGCCCUAACAUGUGAAAUUAAAAGACUUUUCAAGAACAAUGAAUAUAUCUUCCGUGUGAGAGGUGUGAACAAGUAUGGAUCUGGUGUGGCAGUACAGUCUACCCCCAUCUUUGCCAGAAACUCAUUCACUGUCCCAUCACCUCCUGGAACACCAGAAAUCCUUGCAGUUGGAAAAGACUUUGCAACGAUAGAGUGGCUGAAGCCUGAGAGCGAUGGUGGCAGUGAAGUCACAAACUACCUGAUUGAGUUCCGUGAAAGAAAGAGUGUUAGAUGGAUCAAGGUUAACAGAGAUUCUAUUCUCAAGGACACAUCCUUCAAAGUCACUGGUCUCCAUGAAGGCAACAUUUAUCAGUUCCGUAUUACAGCCAUGAAUGCAGCUGGUGAUAGUGAACCUAGUGAAGUGUCAAUGUAUGCAGUAUGUAGAGAACCAACAGGCACUCCAGAUCCACCUUCAAUCCCACGAGUUACAGACACACACAAAGAUAGUAUUAGCCUUGCCUGGACACGACCAGUUGAAGAUGGAGGUGCUGAUGUUAUUGGUUACGUUCUUGAGAUGCAAGAAGCUGGUGCAGAGGAAUGGACAAAAGUGCAUGAAAAGAAUCUUAGGGUGACCGAACACACAGUUACAGGUCUUCCUGCUGGCAAAAAAUACUUUUUCAGAGUUGCAGCUGUCAAUGUAAAUGGAAUGGGUGACUUCAGUGAACCUUGUGCAGAGACCGAGCCUGUGGAAAGAAUUGAAAUUCCUGACCUUGAGCUGCCUGAUGAACUGACAAAGACCAUUUGUCUGAGAGCAGGAAGUUCUCUGCGGCUCCAUGUUACUGUUACUGGUAGACCAAUCCCAACUAUAACCUGGAGCAAACCUGGUGUGGACCUCCAAAAUCGUGGCUUUAUUGAAGUGACAAAUACUGCUACAACUCUCAUUAUUGACAAGGUGCACCGCUAUGAUGCUGGAAGAUAUACAAUUGAAGCUUCUAAUUCAGCUGGGAAGAAGGAUGCAAGCAUUCUUGUGAAAAUCUAUGAUACACCUGGUCCAACUGGUCCAAUUAAGUUGAAAGAGCUUACAAAAGAUUCUGCUCACAUUACUUGGGAUGCUCCUGAGGUCGAUGGUGGAGCACCUGUCAAUAAUUACAUAAUUGAAAGACGAGAGGCAUCAAUGAGAGCAUACAAAACUGUCACAUCCAAAUGCAGCAAGACAUCAUACAAAAUAUCUGGUCUGACAGAAGGAAUGCUGUAUUAUUUCAGAGUUUUACCAGAAAAUAUCUAUGGUGUUGGUGAACCUUGUGAGACAGGUGAUGUUGUAUUGGUCUGUGAAGUUCCACUGCCACCAGUCAAGCUUGAAGUUGUAGAUGUAACCAAAUCCAGUGUAUCACUUGCCUGGGAGAAACCUUUACAUGAUGGAGGCAGCAGAAUUACUGGCUACAUUGUUGAGGCUUGUAAAGCUGGUACUGACAAGUGGAUGAAGGUGGCAACUUUAAAACUUACAGACUUUGAGUACACUAUCAUGUCACUUAAUGAGAACGAGCAGUACUUCUUCAGGGUACGUGCUGUCAACAGCAAAGGAGCUGGUGAGCCAAAAGAAAUCGUAACAGCUGUGACAGUUCAAGAUCAAAGAGUCUUGCCAAAGGUUGAUCUAUCAGCUAUUCCACAGAAGAUGAUAAGUGUUUUGGCAGGCAAACCCCUUGAGCUUGACUUACCAAUUAUAGGUCGACCACCACCAGCUUGUUCUUGGUUCUUCAAUGACAAUAGGAUAAAGAUUGUGGAGCGUGUGAAGAUAAAGUCAACUGGAAAAUUCUCUAAAUUAACCAUUUUUGACACUACAAUUGAUGACAGUGGAGUAUAUACACUUGAGUUGAAAAACAUAACAGGAGUAACUACUGAAAACAUCAAAGUCAUCAUUCUUUCCAAACCUGAUGAGCCUCAAGGGCCUAUCCGAUUUGAUGAAAUUGAUGCAACAUCCGUCACAAUAAGCUGGGAUCCACCUACGAGAGAUGGUGGUGCACCAAUUAGCAACUAUGUGGUUGAACAACGAGAUGCUCAUCGGCCAGGAUGGUUACCUGUGUCAGAAUCAGCUACCAGACCAACAUUCAAAUUUGUCAGACUGACAGAGGGCGAUGAAUAUGUGUUCCGUGUUGCAGCAACCAAUCGCUAUGGCACUGGGGAUUACUUACAGUCAGAAAUCGUAAUGUGCAAGAGCUCCAAAUCAAUUCCCGGGCCGCCUGGAAGACCCAUUGUAUUUGAUGUAUCACGUGAUGGCAUGACUGUUGCAUGGGAGCCACCAGAUGAGGAUGGAGGCUUAGAGGUGUCUGGCUAUAUUAUUGAACGCAAGGAGGUCAGAUCAGAUAGGUGGAUCCGUGCUAAUAAAAAUCCAGUGACAAUGACAAGAUACAGAUCCACUGGAUUAAUUGAAGGCCUGGAAUAUGAACACAGAGUGACAGCCAUCAAUCCUCGUGGUGUUGGCAAACCUAGCCUUCUUUCUAAACCGGCAGUAGCAACUGAUCCUGUUGAUCCACCUGGGUCACCUCAAAACCCACGGGUCACAGAUACCACAAAGUCUUCUGUGUCUUUGGCCUGGAGUCCUCCAGAUGAGGAGGGUGGUGCUAAGGUUACAGGUUAUCUAAUUGAAAUGCAAAAGGUUGGUUCAGUAACCUGGAUGAAGUGUAAUGCUACACCUUCACUCAUCUGUGAAUAUACCUUGACACAAAUGCCACAAGGAGAAGAAUUCAAAUUCCGUGUUAUGGCUUGCAAUGCUGGUGGACCAGGUGAACCAGCUGAAGUACCAGGAGUUGUGACUAUAACAGAAAUGCUUGAUCCUCCAAGUUAUGAUCUUGAGGCAAAAUACAAAGAUGUCCUUGUAGUCAGAUCCGGAGGAGUAAUCAGACUUUCAGUGCCCAUCAAAGGCAAACCUAAUCCUACCUGCAAAUGGACCAAGGAUGGAUCAGAGGUGACCAACCGUGCAAUGAUUGUCUCCAAUGAAGACGUAUCAGAGCUUGUAAUCAAACAAGCUGAAAAGUCUGAUUCUGGAGUUUACAAUCUCCAUCUGGAAAACAAGUGUGGCAAAAAAAUGCUUCCUAUAAAGGUCAAGGUUAUUGGCCGUCCAUCUGUACCUGAAGGCCCUCUUAGAUUUGAUGAUAUACAAGCACAUUCUGUAAAAGUUAGCUGGAAACCACCAACAGACGAUGGUGGUUCUGAAAUUGUUGGCUAUAUUGUGGAGAGACGUGAAGUAACAAAAGCAGCUUGGUACACUGUUGACUCGCGAGUGGUUGACACAUCCCUUGUGGUUAAGGGACUACAAGAAAAUGUUGAAUACCACUUCAAGGUGACAGCAGAGAACCAGUUUGGAAUAAGCAGCUCCCUGAAAUCAGAAACAACUGUUGAACCAAAGACUCCAAUUUGUGUCCCUGAGGCUUCAGGCACUCCACCAGAAAUUAUGGAUGUAACUAAGAAUUCUGCUGCUUUGGCUUGGACUAAACCCAAAGAUGAUGGUGGAUCUCGCAUUACUGGUUACUUCAUUGAAUACAAAGAAGUGUCGUCUGAUAAAUGGAUUCGUCAUGAGGCAAAGAUUACCUCAACAAUGUAUACUCUUAGUCAGCUCACUACUGAUUCUGAGUAUCAUUUCCGUGUUAUUGCUGUGAAUGAUAUUGGAGAGAGUGAACCAGGACCUGCAUCAGAUUCAGUAAUAUGCAAAGAUCCAUUUGAUAAACCAAGCCAUCCUGGAGAAAUUGACACUAUGACUGUUACCAAAGACUACAUUUCAAUUAACUGGGAGGCUCCAGCAUGUGAUGGUGGAAAACCAGUCCUUGGCUACUGGAUUGAAUACCGAAAAUCUGGAGAGAGUGCUUGGAAGAAAUGCAAUAAGGAGCGCACAAAGGACAAACAGUUCACUCAAGGUGGUCUUCAAGAAGCAACAGAAUAUGAAUUCAGAGUAUUUGCUGAAAAUGAAACCGGAAUUAGCAGACCACGCAGAACAGCAACUGGCAUCAAAACUAAAUUGGGUGUUGGAAAUAAACCAGCUCUCAGGAAAGAAAUGGAUGAGGUCUCUGCCAAACUAGGACAAACUGCAACUCUCAAAUGUCAGAUUAUUGGAAGACCUGUUCCAGAAAUUAAAUGGUACAAGGGUGGAAAGGAAAUCAAAGAAGGUCACAAAUAUGCAGCAACCUCGGAUGGCCGUAAUCAUACACUGACGAUUUCAACCGAUCAACAGGAAGAUGAGGGUCUGUACACAUGCAAGGCUGUGAAUGAGGCCGGCGAGUGUGAGACCAGUGGAACUCUGGUCCUUGAAGCAGCACCACAGUUCCCAGUGCCACUGAAAGACAAAAUCUUUGCAACAUGUGGUAGCACAGUGCGCAUACAUGUUGUUUACAUUGGUCGACCUCAGCCUAAGAUAAUGUGGCUUUAUGGAGCCAAAGCUUUGGAAUCCUCUGAGAAUGUGAUAAUUGAAAAUACAGAGCAUUACACUCAUUUGAUUCUCAAAAACGUACAGCGCAGAGAAAAUGGAGGAAAAUACAGAAUCAGGAUUAACAACCAUUUUGGGGCUGCAGAUACUGUAACUCACGUUGAAAUCUUAGAUAAACCUGCUAUGCCAGAAGGUCCUCUUGUACUUGAUGCACUGUUAAAGAAUUCUGUGAUCAUCAGCUGGAAAGCACCCAAAGAUGAUGGAGGAUCAAUGAUCACAAAUUAUAUUGUGGAAAAGCGUGAAGACAAGGAAGGAGCAGAGUGGGAACUUGUAUCUUCAUCUAUCACAGGCACUUCAUGCAGAAUUCCUAACCUUGUUGAAAAUGAGGGAUACUUCUUCCGUGUUUCAGCACAAAAUCGUUAUGGCAAUAGUGAAUCACUGGAAACUCCUUCUGCUAUCCUCAUCAAGAGUCAGCUAGAGAGGCCAGGAGCUCCAUUAAAACCAGUUGUUUCUGGACUUACCAAAAACUCCUGUGUUGUGUCUUGGAAGCCACCUCUCAGUGAUGGAGGCUCUAAAAUAAAGAGCUAUUGUCUUGAAAAGCAAGAUAAGAAGAAGGGUGAAUGGGUUGCAGUUACAACAGAUGAAAUCCACCAGACUGUUUAUUCUGUCAAGGGCCUGACAGAAGGUGUACAGUAUGAAUUCCGGGUGAAAUGUGAAAACCUUGGUGGUGAAAGUGAGUACAGUGAAGUAUCUGACCCUGCUAUUCCAAAGACUGAUGUUGAAGUACGUGCACCUGCUUUCAAGGAAGAUCUCAGAAACAUGAGUGUAAAAUUCAAGAGCAAUGCAACAUUUGUCUGCAAGAUAACAGGACAGCCCAAGCCUGUAAUAAAAUGGUUCAAACGUGGUAAGGAAAUUCAAGGUGAUGGCACCAAAAUCAAGAUCCAAGAAUUCAAGGGAGGUUACCAGCAGCUUGUUAUUGCUGAUUGUGAUGCAGAAGACUCAACUGUAUAUCAGAUCAGAGCAACAAACCAGGGUGGAUCCAUUUCUGCUACUGUUUCUCUAGAUGUAGAAAUCCCUGCUAAGAUUCAUCUACCUAAGAAUCUGCAAGAAAAGGAGGCUAUCCCUGCACUUCGUGGUGAAAUUGUGAACAUCAAAAUUCCAUUCAGUGGAAAACCAGAUCCAGUCAUCACUUGGCAGAAGGGACAAGACCUUCUUGAUAAUGAUGGACACUAUCAAGUCAUUGUCACACGAUCCUUCACAUCUCUUCUAUUCCAGAAUGGAGUAGAAAGGAAUGAUGCUGGUUUCUAUAUUGUGUGUGCCAAAAACAGAUUUGGAAUAGACCAGCAGACAGUUGAGCUUGAUGUUGCAGAUGUGCCUGAUCCACCACGUGGCAUCAAAGCCAGUGAUGUUUCUAGAGAUUCUGUAACACUUCACUGGGUAGCACCUGCCAAUGAUGGAGGAAGUAAGGUCACAAACUAUAUCAUAGAAAAGUGUGCCACCACAGCAGAAAGAUGGAUUCGUGUUGGCCAGUCUCGUGACAGCCACUAUACUGUUGUCAAUCUGUUUGGAAAGACAAGUUACCAAUUCCGUGUCAUUGCUGAAAAUAAAUUUGGUCAGAGUGCACCGUCUGAGUCAAGUGGACCUGUUGUGACGAAGGAAGACAAAUCAAGAGUUCUUAACUAUGAUGAAGAAGUUGAUGACACCAGGCCAGUUUCCAAAAGCAAAGCUCCUCAUUCAGAGGCUAAGAAUGUUCACAACAAGUACAUGAUUGCUGAAGAGCUUGGCCGUGGACAGUUUGGUAUUGUUCACCGGUGCAUUGAAACCAGCUCUGAGAAAACUUACAUGGCUAAAUUUGUCAAAGUUAGAGGUGCAGAUCAGGCACUAGUGAAGAAAGAAAUUGCAACACUGAAUGUGGCACGCCACAAGAACUUCCUGUUACUGCAUGAGUCAUUUGACUGCCCUGAAGAACUAGUCAUGAUUUAUGAGUUCAUCUCUGGUGUGGACAUAUUUGAGCGCCUUGGUACAGCCAAUUUUGAGCUCAAUGAGCGUGAAAUUGUUAACUAUAUCAGACAAGUAUGUGAAGCUCUGGAAUUCCUUCACAGCAAGAGUUAUGGCCACUUUGAUAUCAGGCCUGAAAAUAUAGUGUACACCACAAGAAAGGGAACUAAUGUCAAGAUCAUUGAGCUCGGACAGUCUAGACACCUUACACCUGGGGACCAAAUUAAGAUUCAGUACACGACAGCUGAGUUUGCAGCACCAGAAAUUCAUCAAAAUGAGAUGGUUAGCUCUGUGACAGAUAUGUGGUCUGUCGGUGUCCUUGUGUAUGUUCUUCUUAGUGGAUUUAAUCCAUUUGCCGCUGAAACUAAUCAGCAAAUGAUUGAGAGCAUUUCCAAUGCUGAGUACAGUUUUGAUGAUGAAGCCUUCAAGCAUGUAAGUGUUGAGGCAUUAGACUUUGUGGACCGCCUACUAACCAAAGAGCGCAAACAUCGUAUGACUGCUGCUGAGGCUUUGAAACAUCCUUGGCUGACAAUGAACUCGGAGCAGCUAAGCACUAGGUCCAUCAAGAUUACUCGCCAUAAGAGAUAUUACCAAGCCAUGGUUAAGAAAGAAUGGAACACUGUUGUCUCAUCUGCUCGUGUUGCCAGUGGUGGUGCUAUCAGAAGUCAGCGGGGAGUAACAGUAUCUAAAGUGAAGAUUGCACCAUUUGAACAUGGACCAGUGGCAGGACAAAUUAAACACAGUGUUGCUGAUGAAGGUGAUGAUAUCAAGCUCAUUUGCAACAUUGAUAACUAUGAUAGCACCACCGAAGUAACAUGGUACUGUGGAGUAAGACAACUAGAAGAAGGAACUAAAUAUGAAAUUACUUAUGAAGAUGGGCUUGCUACCAUAACUAUCAAGGGAAUCACAAGAACUGACGAUGGAACAUACAGAUGCAAAGUUGUCAAUGAGUAUGGUGAGGACAGUGCUUAUUCAGAGCUCUUUGUCAAAGGGGUAAGAUCCUAUCGUGAGUUUUACACUACACGUGUUGUAAAGAAAGUAAAACGUAGAGUGGACACAGCAAGACUUCUCCAAAGACCUCCUGAAUUUACUUUACCAUUGUGUAACCGCACAGCUUACAUCGGAGAGGACGUGCGCUUUGGUGUCACAAUCACAGUGCAUCCUGAACCUCGUGUAAUGUGGUUGAAAACUGGUCAAAAGAUUAUGCCGGGAGAUGAUGAUAAGAAAUACACUUUUGUUAGUGACAAGGGCCUGUAUCAGUUAGUUAUUCACAAUCUUGACCCAGAUGAUGAUGCAGAAUACACUGUUGUGGCACGAAACAGAUUUGGUGAUGACAGUUGCAAGGCUCGUCUCACAGUGGUCCCUCGUCCUGCUCCUGCUGAUACCACUUUGAGACCUAUGUUCAAACGUGUCCUUGCUAACUUGGAAUGCAGAGAAGGCCAGAGUGUACGUUUUGAAAUGAGAGUGUCAGGGCAUCCUUCAUUGAAAUGGGAGAAAGAUGGCAUGUCUUUGGCAUUUGGUCCACAAAUUGAAGUUGUGCAUGAAGGCUUAGAUUACUAUGUCUUACAUGUAAGAGAUACUCUUCCAGAGGAUUCGGGCACAUACCGAGUCAUUGCAACUAACUCAGCUGGGUCUGCAAGUUGCCAAGCCACACUCAAGGUUGAACGUGUGACACACAUCAAGAAGGAGGAGAGUAAGGACGAAAAGAAGCAGAAACAUGAUCUUGAACAGCAAGAGAUGGACAAGAAAGUAAGACUAACACAGAUACUAGCAGGUACAGAUGUUACCCCACUUACUCCAGUCGCACAGCAAGCACUAAGAGAAGCUGCAACUAUGUUCAAGCCAGCAAUCACUACUAAGAAAGUCAAGAGCGAAGCUGAGGAAGCCAAAGAAAAGGAGGAAAAAAAGAAGAGAGCAGAAGAAAAGAGGUUGAGAAUGCCUUAUGUUGUUCCUCCACCUCGUGUUGUUGCUCCUAGUGCUCAUGAGGAGGAUAUGGAAAUCAAACACUUUGUGCCUUUCUCUGAUAUGAAGUGGUACAAGAAACUCCGUGAUCAAUAUGAGUUCCCGGAGCCAAUGGAAAAGUUCCCCCAGAAAAGACUUAAGCGCAUCCGACUGUCAAGAUGGGAUCAGUUCUAUGAAGUACCCCUGCCAAGAAUUAACGACCAAUACAAGCCAAAAUGGCAUAUUCCUGUUUCACAGGAUGACCUUGAGACUGUAAGGCCAGCAAGACACCGCACACCUUCUCCAGAGAUGGAGGCUUACUACAGAAUCAGGAGACGCUCUCUUGGUGAUCUUUCUGAUGAAGAACUGCUUCUGCCUGUUAGAGAAUACUUGUCAAUGAAGAGAACAGAAGAAGAAAGACUUAAACUUGAGGAUGAACUUCAGUUAGGCUAUUCUGCUUCUCCGCCAAGUCUUAGCCCUGUACGUUUUGAACUCUCUGCACUGCGUCACCCAUCACCUAAGAGAGCUGCAUAUGAUGAGGAAGAAGGGGAGGAAAUCCCAACAUAUGACUCUUACCGUAUUCCAUCGAAAUAUGAGGCUGGUCCAAGCUAUAUUGACUUACGUCAACGUCAUGAUAGGGCAACAUACAGACCUCCAAGGCAAAAACAAAGGUUACAUGAGGAAAAAGAGGAUCAGGAACUGCUUAGGUCAGUAACAACAACCACAAAAUUAACUUCCUACAAGAGCAAACUGCAGCACAUUGAGUUUGAGGAGAAAACAAAGGUCAAAAGAAAGGAGAAAACAAGAGUUUCUGUGUCAGCAGUAACUGAGGGAGGAGUCAUAACUGACUCAACAUCAUUCUCUCCUGGCUAUGCUACAGUAACACGUCCUAAGAAACCUUCUGCAGCUCUGGCAGAAAAAGAAGUGGUUAGAACAACUUCACCUGAAAAGACACGGCCACGUUCCCCCAGCCAUGUUUCUACUGAGAAAGCAGACACUACAACAGAUUUAUCAACACAAAUUGAUUAUAUGUCAAGGUAUGAGUCAAGAAAGAAAGCCUUGAAAACUGAGAGGAAGUUUGAAAUUGUGACCCAGCAGCCUUUUACCCUCGACCAUGCACCCAGAGUAACUGUAAGAAUGCGCUCUCACCGUGUGCCAAUUGGUCAAAACACUAAGUUUACACUAAAUGUCCAAUCUAAGCCAGAAGCACAGAUUAAAUGGUACCACAAUGGACUGCAGAUUGAAGAGAGCAGAAAAUACCGUAUGUUUAACAUGAGUGGCGUUUUGUCUCUUCAAAUCAUUGAUUGUCAGGAAGAGGACAGUGGCACCUACCGUGUUGUAUGCACAAAUGUAAAGGGAGAGGCCUCUGACUAUGCCACUCUCGAUGUUGCUGGUGGAGGAUUUACUGCAUAUGCCUCACAACGCAAGGAUGAGGAGCCACCAACUCCCUUUGUCCCUGAGAUGACAAAAACAGAUGUUUAUCAUGUUUCAUCUACAAAAGCUGCAUCUGUAUCAGAAACACACAUGGAAGUAUCUGAAAUCAAAACAGACAAGAUAAAAGAGACAACUGAGACUGUUGUUCAGGAGAGGGUAACUUCUGAAAUCAAACGUGAAACUAUGGAAGUCACUGCAGUUAAGGAGGUUGUGGUUGAGAAAAUUUCUCAGACUAAACUUGAAGCUACAGAAGUGAUGACAGUAGUGGAAGAAGCUGUUGAGGAAAAGAAGCCAACUCUCCCUGCUACAAUUCUGACUAAACCACAGUCACUCACAGUAUCGGAGGGAGAAUCUGUUAAAUUCACAUGUGAUGUCGAUGGUGAUCCUGCACCCACUGUAACAUGGAUGCGAGAGACGCAAGUAAUUGUGUCAUCUCAUCGUCACCAUAUUACCUCAACUGAACAUAAAUCAACCUUUGAGAUUACCCAAGUAGAAACUUCAGAUGGAGGUAAUUACACUGUAGUGGUUGAGAACUCUGAAGGUAAACAGGAGGCACAGUUCAGUCUAACUGUCCGUAAACCAACACCUGUACAGAAGGUUGUUGCUUCUCCUCCAAGAGUGAAAUCUCCAGAGUCUCCCCGUAUAAAGUCGCCAUUUGGAAUUAGGUCUCCACAGAGAAUUAAAUCACCUGAACCAAUUAAAUCUCCACAAAGAGUUAAGUCCCCACCCAUGGUAAAAUCACCUACUCCAAAAGAAAAAACAUCCAAGCCAACCUUCUCAGCAGAACUAAAAGACAUCUCAGCCUCUGCAGAUACUAUUAUUAAGCUUACAGUGAAAGUGUCCGGCGAGCCUAAGCCAUCAAUCUCUUGGAUGAAGGAUGGAAAAAACCUCUCUCAAGGUGGAAAAAUUGAAAUCUUUGAAGAACAUGGUUCAGCACAUCUUGAAAUCUAUGAAGCUGAUGUCUCUGAUAGUGGAGUAUACACAUGUACAGCCAAAAACAGUGCUGGAUCUGUUACUACAAACUGCACUGUUACCGUUCAAGCGCGGACAACGACAGUUGGCAUGGAACAGAAAGCAGAGUUGACAGAGCAAAUAGUGAAAAAGGAGAUUGCCUAUGAGGAAGUGCAGUCCUUUACAGAAAUUAAAGCAUCAAAAACCCAAAUGACAGUGAGUCAAGGUCAGACUCUUACGCUACGAGCAAAUAUCCCUGAAGCCUCUGAUGUGAAAUGGAUCCUGAAUGGAGCCCAGCUAUCAAAUUCAGAGAACUACAGAUAUGGUGUGUCAGGAAAUGAUCACACCCUGACAAUUAAAAGCAUCAGUCAUCAUGACCAGGGAAUUAUGACGUGUGAGGCCAAAACUGAACAUGGUGUAGUCAAGUGCCAGUUUGACAUGACCGUCAGUGCAGUGCGCUCAAAUGCCCCAAGUUUCCUAGUGCAACCACACUCAAAGAAUGUAAACGAGGGACAAAAUGUCACAUUUACAUGUGAAAUCAUUGGUGAACCUUCUCCUGAAAUUGAGUGGCUGAAGGAUAAUUCAGUAAUAACUAUUACAUCAAACAUGAAAUUGAGCCGGUCUAAGAAUGUGUACACUCUUGAGAUUCACAACGCUACCAUCGAAGACAGCGGAAAAUACACAGUAAAAGCAACAAACAAAUUUGGACAGUGCUCUGCAACAGCAUCACUGAAUGUCCUCACUCUGGUUGAGGAACCUGCCAAAAUGAUAAUUGUGGAGAAAGCCGCUGAUGCUACGAGCAUGCAGGGCAGUUAUUCUGCCAAGCAUGUGGUUUCAAAAAUGCAAGAGACAUCCUUCAGCAGUUCCAGCAUGGCUGAGGUUAAAUUUGAGAGCAUGUCAGCGUCUAGCAUGACCUCCAUGACUUCUGAAAGAAUGAAAGCUAUGAGCUCCAGCAGUAUGAUGGCAAUGUCCAGUCACUCGCAUGUUGAGGGGUCAUCCAUCACAGCCAUUUCUCAUGGCCGCAGAGGUAUACCACCAAAGAUUGAGGCUGCUCCUGAAGAUAUCAGUAUUGAGUCAGGGAAGGUCCUGGCUGUAGCCUGUGCUUUCACCGGAGACCCAACCCCUUGUGUAGAAUGGUCACAUUCAGGGAAGACACUGUCCAGCAAGGAGGAGAGUGGACGAUUGCAGAUUGAGACUUCUCAAGAUGUCACCACUCUUUUUAUAAGUGGAGUGAAAGAGACUGAUGCCGGUGCAUACACCUUAAAACUUUUUAACGAGUUUGGAUUUGAUACUACUACUGUCAAUGUCAGAAUUCGAUCGAUGUAAAAAAAGAAAUUAGAUAAUAGCAACACAAUCCUCACCCCAUUUCCCUCAUUCAAAUCCUUUUAUAGAAUGAGAAAAAAAUACCCUGUUCUUGACAAAGACCUGGAUUUCUGUUCUUGUAAAUAUGAACUUUUUUUUUUUUAAACCAAACUUGACAUUAAUUUAUGCCAAACUAGACUAAAGUCUAAAGUUGUUAUAAAAUGUGCCAUAUUGGAUAGUUAUGAUCAGAAGUUCAGCACCAUUUUGUGACAUGUACAUAAUGUAUAUAGCCGAAUUUACCGGUUAUGGAAAAUGUAUGAAUUGUUAUUUAUGACAAUAUUAACAAAUGAAACAAAUGGAACUAAACGUUUAACAGGAGAAAGUUUCAUAUGGAACGAAUACCCUGUUGAACCUGAAACGAAACAAAACUCUGUGCCUCAACAAUAAGUUGAAGUCUUAAGAUUGCCUCAACAGGUAGAGAGGCUCCCUGUUGACGUUAACUAAAAUCAGAGAGACAAAGUUAUGCACUGUACAUUUGUGCGUGCAGUAAUGCAGUACACAAGAAUUAAUGACUUGAACAUAAGACCUUGAGUGCUGUUUGCAUUACCCUCAUGUAAGCAGGGCGACUAGGCCUUGUGUUCAGACUGAUUAAGUCAUACCACCAUUUUAAUGACAAGCUCAAUGUGCGAGCGGCCUGCACAAUGAGUUAAUGAUAAUGUUUGUGCACAGUUUCUGGCAACGGACUGUUUGAAUUUUGAUUUUAUGAAAGUAACAUCACCUGGCCAUUCGUAGUAAAAUCAAAUCAAGUGCUUCUUUGCAGAAGCUGUGCCAGCUCUUGGAGGAUUUCUAGGCUAGGUUAUAUUUUGUGUGUGUGUGUGUGUGUGUGUUAGCAUUAGAAUCUCACUUUGUCAGCAGCCAGGGUAUCCAUCAAGUAAUGUACCACAGAGACUUCAUGUGCUGUGAAAAGAAAAGAAUACAUGGAUGUAAUACCCUGCACUUUGAUUUAUUAGAGCUAAUUUAUGUAGUUGUACCCAUAUAUUCAGCCUCCUUGAGUCUUAUUAAGUACUGAUUUAAUAAAGCAUGUUUUCAGCACCAUAAAA